AUCGCGCCCGCCGCACGGUAGUACCAAUCUUGUAGACCGACCGCCGUCCGCCGACCGUCCGACAACAUGUGAACGCGCGACCGGGCCGCCGCCAGUGAUUCGAUUCGGUUUAUUUUUUCACACCCAAAAGUGCAUCACCCCAAGUAUCUACACCUACGCCGAGGAUUCCUACACGCCGUCCGACGUUUUCGACAUCAUCCGUCUGCACCCGUAAGUAGUAUCCGCCACCUCGGUCCAUCCAAAUUAGUCGUAGCCUCCUCUGCACGGGCUGGGCUUAGUAAAAUAUAGGUGUAUACUUUUUAAAUGCGUUUUUCGGAAAAAAAAAAAAUACAAAUAAUACAAAUCAAAAACGCUUUUCCGUGUAAACUAUACAGUAAAACUCCCGUAUUAUUAUAUAUCCCGUGAUCAGUACUAUACGGCUAUAGCUACCUAAAAUUACUUGGGUAAUAAAUACCUAGCUGCAAUGUAGUUGCAACGGUGACACUUAGCAGAUCCUUAAACUUUGAUUGUAUAGUUGAAAUUCACGUACACCGUGGUUGCAUAUUACUUAGAUUAAACGUCGAUAAUUUUUAGUAGUGUUAUUAACUAUUUUACGCCCGUAUCAGUUUACGAUUAUUGUUUUUAACACAAUACUAUAGACCGUCCAUUACUGUAGUUACUAUAUUCCUAUACUAUUUUGUUAGAAACGGUUUUUGAAAUACGUUUAAUAACACGUGAAUAAGAAAUUUGUAAUCCUCAGUAUUAAACAGUAAGUUCAAUAAAUCAACCACGAAUAUUUUUUUAGAGUUAAAUAAUUGUAGGUAGGUACCCACAAUAAUUGUACACUAAUUAUAUUGUAUGUAGGUACACAGAGUGUUUAUUGGAUAACUGUUCCUGAUUUACAAUAUUAAUUUAAAUUUAUUUUUAAACUGAUUUAUAAGAAGUUUAUGCACAAUAUUUAUUUACGGGGUGGCCAAGCGGUGGUGCUUGAUCAGUGAACUUAACACUUAAGGGAUGCUCUAUAAUAUAACAACGGUCACCUAAUAAUUGUCGACUAUGUAAUGUAAUUUUACGGAAAUAUGAUUAAAUAAAGUUAAAUUCGUUUUAGGUAACACUUAAACGAGUAAGGGUUAAGUAAGGGAGUAAGGGUAGACAUAAUGGUGUACACUAUAAACGGUAUGUAUUACAAUAUAGAAACCACUGAAUUACCUUUUUUUAAAAAAUAAAAAUGAACUCCAUUUAAUGAAUAAUUACAAUUUCAAAUACUAUUUAAUAACUUUUCAUAAUAUAAAUACAAGAAAAAUUCGGACGUAUUUCGCACCAUUGUUAACGGAUAGGUUACUAUUAUAUGUUUAGGAAGUAUUUAAUGUUUUAGGUUAUAGGCAUGGACGCCCGCAGGAAAUUUAUCAAGAUGAAGCAUAGUAAAGUCAAACACCAAAAAUUACUUAAAAUAAAAUUAUAAUAAUUAAUUAAUAAAAUUAUAUUUGAAAUUUUUAAUUUUUGAAGUCCAGGCGGGGUUAGAUGUCUCGUAUUUCUUCACUCCCCUUCCGAAAGCCCAAAUAUAUAAGGUAGUUGUAUUUAUAUAUUGAAAGUAACAAUCAAAAACGGUUCUGGCCGAUUUAUUAUUGGUACCUAGUAUCAGUCGUAUUUUUCCCCUUGUUGCCAAAGUAACCCAGAAAUCAUCAAAAAUAAAAUCGAUAUGGCAACAUUUGUUGUCAGAUUUUGAAUAUUUUAGAAAAACUGUGGAAAUCUAUUAUUAUUAUUUGUUUUAAUUAAAGUACUACAGGACGAAAAAUCUGCACUUUUUUUAUGUUCUAAUAACUCGAAGGAUUUUAACCAACUGAAAAAUGUUUUCGAGGAAAAUUAAAAAAGGACCUGAGGGGAGAAAUAUUGAAAAUCUCAAAAAAUAUUUCAAGUUAAGUACCAUCUAAUGGACAAUUUGAAUUUUUGAAGGUGGAUAAAAAAAUCUGAUCAUUACACUCUUCAAAAAAAUGUAUUAAAAAAGAAAAAAGAAUAAAUCGCAGUUUUUAUAAAAAGCAUUUGGAAAUUUAAGAAAAUUUAUAUAAAUAAAAUACUAUCUGAUAAAAAUCUACUUUUAAAGUAUGGCUGAUUUCAGUUGAUUUAUAACGAAGUUUUUAGUAAAUAAUAAAACGCCAACGUGUACGAUUUUCGAAAUUCAAAUUAACGAUGUACAUCCGUUAUUGUCUACAUAGGUAUAGUUUUUUUUCAUUUAAAAACGUAAACUCGUUUUGUUUAUAGUCCCAAUAAAUUUAGAUUUACCAGUCACAAAAGCAUGUAAUAAAUUGUGUGGGUUCUACUGGAACAGUACCGAAACAGAAUAUACAUAUAGGAAAUCGAAGAUGGACUUCAUUAAAUAUAGCUUGAAUUCUGCUUGAAAUUUAGUGUGUAAAAUUAACGGACUUGCGUUGCGUUAGUUGCAUUAGUUGGAGUGGGAUUUUAGUUAAGCCAAGUCCAUAGGUGCAACUAGACCACCAAUCUUGAGGGUGCUAAAAUUAUAAACACAUUAUAGACCCAUAAAGGCAAUACCCCCAUAAUCCACAUCCCACUAUACUUAUAAUAAGCAAAUACAUAUUUUAUUUACAAUUUUUUAUAUAAAAAUGUUUCAAACUUAAUCAACUUUAUUUUUAUACCCUCAUGUAUUGUCUGUAUGCAAUUUGUAUUUUGUGCUGCUUAUUAAUUAUGAAAUACAUGGAUACAAUAUUUAGUCUAUACUUAUAAAACAGCUUAUUGGGUAUUUUUGGAGGUGCUUAAGAUCCUCCAGAAACCUUCUAGCUGCGCCUAUGGCUAAGCCUCGUAGUUAUUUGUUUUUGUUAUACAACUAGCUGUCGUCAGUUUCAAUAGUGUUUAGAUUCUUGAGUAAAAUGAGUAAUUUAUUGAGAUGAUAAUCCAAAAAUCAAAAUGAGGUAGUUUGGCGUAGAGACGUUCUUACGUUUCAUUAGAAUUUGAAAUAUUGAAAAAUCAAGUAUUAUUUAGUUGAUGUUUUACAUAACUAUUAGUUAAACUUAAAAUAAUAUUAUGUAAAAAAAGAGUUCCACUUCGACUGCUGUAGAUAUUUUAUUUUUAAAUCUUACAAACAAACCAAAAAUCAAGAAAAAAAAUUAGUGCAAUACGAGUGUCUUAAAAAUGCGGGGUCGCUAAAACAUUUAAUAUUUAUUUUGAGGGUCACAACAGUAAAAAGUUUGAGAAACACUGCCUUAGAUCACUGUUAUAUGGGGGAGUUUAGAAGGCAGGAUAUACUGAGUGAUUUAGUUUAUAAUUGUACUCAACGAUAAAUUAUUGUUAACGAAAAAUUAUUUGGAAUAAAGUUCAAUUGAACAUGAUUUGAAAUGUGAUUUUUAGAAUUUUUGUGAUAAAAUUUUAAAUGUAAACCCUUAAAAAAACUAAUUAUACGAAUUAUUACAUCAUAUGCUCAGUUUUUUUCUCUCACUACUUUUAACUGAUUAUGAAUCUCGUGUUUAACUUUCGAUCAUUUUUGAUGGAAUAAUUUGAUCUAUAUUUUAUAAAACCAAAUAAUAACUAAAAUUUCUAGCGGGGUUGAUUUUAAUGAAAAAAAAAAAAAAAAAAAAAAAAUGACCUCUAAAAUGGCACCAACCAGUAGAAAUUCGUAACCCCUGAAUCGGAUGGUUGGAGUAAUUACUGGUAGAAAAGUUGUUAACAUCAGACAGAAACAAAACACAUCACAGUAAAACCAAUAUGCUACGCUAAGUAUCCAAUAAAUUGCUCGGAAAAUGUUUACAAUUAUUUAUAUUUAAAUAUAAGUUUUGAGCAAAAUUAAACUAAUAUUUUAAUUAUCGCCGUUAAAUUCAAAAUAAUAACAAGUUGACCUACAUGCGCUAGGAAAUCGAACGAUCUUUUACACGAUCAUAUAAUUUAUCCAGACAUAUCGAAAUGAUUUUACCGUCCGUUUUAUUUUUGUUUUCACAAUAAUUAACUGCAAGAGAAUAUAAAUACCCAUGCGACACUCCUUGACGGUGCAAUUUAUUGUGUAUACUCGCGGGCUCGUUUGUAGCCCAGCGGGAUAAUAAUUUGAUCGUUACGAUCAUCAUUAGACAUUCGAUAAAAUAAUUAUCGUUAUUAUUGUAAUUUGUGGCCGUCGCGAUGUAAACGAUGAAAGUUUAUUCCGUUAAAAUGAAAAAUAAACGGUUUUAAAAAUUAGGCAUUAUUUUUGUUUUGUUUUCGCAUUACCUCCAUGUAUUAUUUACGUAGCUAUAUAGUAGACGUAAAUACACCGGAUUGAAUCUGUGUACCUACACCUUAUUGGUACCUACUUUUGCGUAUAUUUGUGAGCAGGAUUAUAUUUUUAAUCUCGUUUUCGAUUCCGUCAUAAAUGUAGAAGAGUUAAACGAAACGGUUUACAGACUGUGUUCCGCGAAGACAUACCCGUUGCAAUAUCUCCUGAGGUUAUAAAGAUAAUCAAAUUCUGGUUGUUUGUUUUUCUAUAUAAUAAAAUUAUAAUAUAUGUAUAACUUUCUAUUUGCAGGGAUAAUGACCACAAACGUUUGUGUUUGAAUUCAAUUUUUAUGUUUUAGUAAAAAGACAAAAAAAAAACUUUUUAUUUUAUUAUUUUUGAAAAAUUUAAAGAUAGCCAUUUUAUAGAAUUUAUUUUUUUUUAAAUAUUUUAACGUUUCAACUUUUCAUUUUCAUUAAAUUCGUGAUUUUUAAUAAUUUUCUUAAAGUUCAGAGAAAAGUACCAAUAAUCAUGCAGCGACUGUAAUCGUAUUCACUAAUUGAUUUUUAUUAUUAUUAUUAUUGUUAUGACUAAUUGACUGUAGACUUUUUUUCUCUGAAAUUAUUAAUAAUCACGUAUUUAAUAAAAAUAAAAAGUUAAUACGUCAACAUUUUUAAAAGAAUAAACUCCAUAAAAUUACUAUACAAAGUUUUCAAAAAUAAUAAAAUAAAAAGUUGUUGUUUUUUUAAGUUUUUUACCAAAAACAUAACAAAUUAAUUGAAAUAUAAAUAUUUGUGAUUCUCAUUUUUUUGAGAGAUUUAAAAAGAAAUAGAAUUUGAUUAUCUUUAUUAUCUUCGGAGAUACUACAAUGAAUAUAUCUUCGUAGAACACCUUGUACAUACGUAAUACUUUGUAAUACAAUUAGAUGGAUCGGUUCGAAUUUUUUUUUUUUUUUAAUAAAAUACUUAUUUUAUGUAUUUUACUAUCGAGUUCACAUACUAAAGUAAUAAGUAAUACUCAGGAACUUUCUAUAAUACAAUAUUCUUUCUAAUUUUCCACCGGUCUUCUUUAACUUCUUACAACCCGUUGCUCUCCAUUUUAUAGCGACUCUGGGGGUCUAUUUUCGAAUUUGGUCGAAUGCGAUUAGGGAUCGAUAGCAAAUUAGAUCAACUACAAAAAUAGUACUUUUGAACUUAAUUUAAUGUUUAGUAAUCGGAUUUUCAAUACAUUAAAUUCAAAAAGGUUAUUAGGUUUCUUAUUUACCAGUUGUAUUAUCUUACGAAUAUAUUUUUUUGUGAAAUAAUUAUAUUUUAUAAUUUAUUGCACACGGUGGUUUUCAAUGCCAGAUUAAAAUACAAUUUUGCGUUUACUGAAUAUUUUGUACAUACCCAAUGUAUUAAACAAAUAUAAAUAUGGUUAUUUUUAAGUUAUAUUUAUUGAAUUUUAACUGUAUCAAUCAAUUAUCGUAGAUUUAUAUUGUUUUUUGUUAUUUUUAUUACUACCCGCAGUCAGGUAUAUCUUAUAUGUCUAUUUUAAUUUAUCUAUCGAGUGUAUUUAUUUUACACGUCUUACAUACAUUUUAAAUAUAUCAUAAUAUCAAGUGCUGUGCAAUGGUACACAAUGGUGACAAUAGACGACUCGACCAACUAUUUAAAUGAUAAAUUUGAAUAAAAUAACAAUAUUACACCGGUAGGAGGUGAGGCGUAAGUAAAUUUAUACUUGACCGCAUUAUAUAGAAUUACAAUAUUUUUAAUAAAAAAUACAAAUAUUUCAAUGUACUACAUUAUUAGUAUACAAUACACAAUUUUAGAUUUUGAGUCGAGCGAAAAAGCUCAUUAUGGUUUUACAAUGAUGUUUGUUUUUUCUGUGGGCAACUUUUCCACCAGCAAUUUUGCUCCGAUUAACAAUGAUAGCGAUUUUUCUAAAGAGAAAUCUAACUUGGGAAGUACUUUAAUAGAGGUCGGUUUUUGAUUUUCCAAGGAUUUUCCCCAGUAAAUGGGAAAACCGAGAAAAUAGGUACACUAUUAAACAAAUAUUAUUAAAGAAAAUUUAUAAUGCAUAUGUAAUUUUAAUGUUUUACUAUAAUAUGACAUAUAUAAUAAAUAUUGUUCCGUCGCUCAGAAUUGUUUUUUCAUUAGCAAUGGUUAAUCGUUGCUUACAGAUAUACAUUAAAUUACCUAUAAAGCGGCUGCACCCGACACCAUUUUCCUAGGAUAGCUUUUUUUUUUAUGAAUUAUAUUUACUUUAAUUUAUUGAAAACGUGCAUAAUAUAUUAAACGAACUGUCUUCGUUCCAGAACGUUUUGAGAUUGGUAAAAUCGACAAUAACAAUAAUUAUUACUAAUUGUAAUUUCUAAUUGCUGUGAAGGUGCAUUUUCCGAAUUCAUAUGAAUAAUACCGUCGUUUUAAUUUUAACCUGGGCUCACAUAAUAGAUACCUAACAAUAAUAUUACGUGAAUGAAUAACGAAAAAUCAAACGGUUUAAGGUGAUUAAGCCACAUAAUUGUGUAAUUAAACUUGAAAGAACGUACAAAUUGUUUAAAAUUAAAGAUGGUAGGUACUCAACGAUAUCUUAAAUGAACAUAAUUACUAAUUACUAAUAAAAUGUACACUUAAACUCACCAAGUGUGGUUAGUAACAACGGUAAAAAAACUAUGUACUUAAAUUUUCGUACCUAUACGUAAAUAAUAGUAUUAGUAUACUUUUAUUUAUAAACUUUAACAUCAAAUUUUGACGAAAAUCAUAAGUAUUACGAUCUUUCAAAACAUGUAUUAACCGAACUUCGCUCCGAAUCUCUUUUCGUUAGCAAUAGCUUAUUGUCGAUUACAGAUAUAAAUUAAAUAACUUUAUGUGUCCUACUUUUCUAAAUUCCCACUUAUAACAGGAGCACACUCGUCCUCAGUAUCACCUUUUUUUUUUUAUUUCUUUCAUAUUACCAAAUUUACCUAUAGAUCAAAAAAAAUAAUUAGAUUUUCGUACAGAAUAUUCAAAUAACCCCGUGUUAGUUUCUUUUACAGGCUGAAUUCGAGAGGAAAGAAGUAGUUAUUCCUGGUCAAAGUUUCAGCUCAAUCAGCAAUUUUGGUGUGUAGGGGUAAAAAACUUUCGUAUUUAUAUAAUAUGAAUAGGAUUAUUUACAAACUACAAGGAAAACUUUCAAUUAGACGAAAAUGUUACUCACUUUUUAAUUUUAAUUUUUUUAUUAACGAUUUACUCAGUUGAUUUUGUAUUGCAUUAAAAUAUAAUAAAUAUAAAUUAGAGUUGUAUGUAUUUAAUUAAAUUAUUUUAAAUCUACGAGCAUAUACGUUUUUGUUCGGUUCUAAAAAAUAUUUCAAUUAUCAUUUUUUCCUCCGUUUACAAAAAUGCAUGAAAUAAUUAAUGCUUGAAACAUUAAUUACAAUAGUAUCUGCAGUAUGUACUCGCAUACAACAUUAAUUUUUAAAUUCCAUUUGUUCGUGAUAUUUGUAAUAAUAAAAUGUCAAAUAUUUUUAAUUUCGAUUGCGCAUUAUUAAUUUUUAAUGUUAUUACGGCGUGUACUUAGGUAAUCGUAUAAAUAUUAUUUUAAUAAUAAUUUUUAUUUCAAUAACUUUACGAGAAUGGUUUACUACAUUUGAAAUUAUUAUUUUAAAUAACAUUUCAUAUAACUAACUAUACCUUUAUAAAUAUGUAAUUACUUGUUAUGGAGAUGAGAAAAAAUUUCAGAAUAAUUCGUUUUUUUUAUUGACAAAUCAUUUUAUAUCUUUAUCUUAUUUUUAGUAGUAGUUUUUUUUAUGUAUCAAUACUUUUAAAUUUCAAAAAUUUGAUCACCCAUAAUUAUUAACGGUAUUUAAUAUUACAUUCAGUAUUUACAUUUAAAAUGAUACUACUGGUCCAAAGCCGCAUUCAUACUGUUUCGGUUUUUAUCCAUGUUGGAUUUUGAUUUUUUUUUUUUAAUGAGCAAUAAUAAUUAUUUUGUUUGAUAAUAUUAUAUUUUUAAACAGAAACACGUAUUGUUUUCGAAAUAUAUUCCUAUUUAAGUUUUGCUAUUUGUGUUUAAACUUUAAUUUCAAUCUAAACGCUGCAAUUUAUGCUCUACGUAACGUAAUAAUGUUGCUCCAUUAUCGGCCUUUAUAGCUAUAGACUAUAGACAGUCAAUGUGGAUGUGGCGUGCUCUUAAGUAGGUACCUAUAAUUUAUUUUUAUUAAAUGGAUGUUUAUAAUUACCUAUGUAAUUCAGUUUUGUUUGUGGUAAUGUAUUACAGGUGAUUAAUUAUUUAUUUUAGUUAAUUUGGAUAAAAGUUUUAUAAUUGUUGAGCGAUGGCUGUUUUACUGAAACCCAUGCAAGUAAAAUAUCGACUGCAGAUUGGCCAACAUAAUGCAUUACGUAAAAUAAUAAAAUUCAAUAAGCGAAAAACGUAAAACGCUUAAAAUAAGAACCGUUAUAGACAUCUUUGAUUGGAAUACGUAUUCCUUUCCUGUGUAAUCAUUUAAUAAAAAUAUCUAUUGAAACAAUUAUUGACAUCGAAUUUUAUAGUUAUAAUACACUGUUUGAAAACAAUUUAUUAUUUGUUAAUGAUAUUUUUGCGGAUCAAAUUGACAUAAUAAUAUACUAUAUACCCGCAAGGAAUAAUAGUUAUCACUGCUAUCAGCUAUUAAAGGUAUUAGGCACUUCGAUUUUUUUUUUCUUCGAUAUUCUCAGUGCAGUUUAAUGCUUGAUAAUCGAAUAAAAAUACUUACUGGCACAGCGUGAUGGACAACAAUAUAACGUCGUGUAGUCGAUAUACCGGACCGUAACAUUCUCGUAAAUGAAUAAUUUACCGAUAAAACUAAGCGGCCAAUCAUGAAAAUGUGAAAAAGAAAAACGUCACCCGCGAGAUUUGUAGAUCAUUAUUUUUCUACUAACGAUUUUACGCCGCCGUUUCUCCGGGGAAUAGGUAUCCGCAUCAGCGAUUUAUAGGUUAGGUUAUUAUAUAGGGUUAAGACCGCUACCAAUAGAAUAUUAUUAGAGAAAGCAUCGUAACUACGGUAAAAUAUGACUAAAUCGGAUUGCGUUUACCCGCCGCGGAGAUCAUAAUUUUGAUCAAAUACGCGACUAAUCCAAACAGCGUUAAAUUAUAUUGAACAUAUUUCCAUAGAAAUUAAUUUUCAAUCGUUGUUCAAAAUUUGUGAAAAUAACAAUUAGGAAAUAUUGCUUGACCUAGAAAUUCUGCACAUUUUUUGGAAAGAAAAAUAUAAACGAAUGUUUUUGGAAGUACAUUUCGUAGAAAUAAUAUUUCUGAGGAAAACAUAAAAUACGGUCUACGGAAAAUAUUAAGGUGUCUCUACACAUAAUUUGUUUUCUGCAUCUGUUUCACACGUGACGUAAUAUAACGAAAAAUAAAUUCUGCACACAAACGAUUGUGAUUUUCUAGUUCAAUCUAAGGCUAACGUUUUAUAUAUUUCGUAAAGUAUUUACUAUACCUAAUCUGAAUGAUUUUUGUCAUAUUUUAAAUUUUAUAAUGAAAAAAAAACGUUUUUAAAUUUAAUUUCUUUUAAUUUUAACCAUUAAUGAUUUAUUGACAAAAUUAUUUGACUAAGGUAUAGUAAAUACGGCUUUUUUUUUUAUAAAAUAAAAUAUACAAUAGGUCCUUUUGACUUAACCCAACUAAACCCAGAGAGAGCGAAGAGAAAAUGAAUUAAUAAAUGUAGUGGAGGAUGUAGCUUUUAGAGGGGUGUAUAUUCUGUGUAGAUACUAUAGUAAAGUUUCAAGAUAUAGAAUACAUAACAUUGUUAAUAUAUUUUCAUGUCAUUAUAAAUAGUUUUUUUUUUUAUCAAUUUUUGUUUAAAAUAUUAGAUGAAAUUCGUAUGGAUAGACGUAAUAUUUUUCUAAUUUGUUAAAGAAAAACGCGUGUAACCUUCCACAAUACAAAAUCGUGGUCCACGCCACUGACGUACUUGCACUGGACGGAGUAGGGUAAAGAGCGCGACGACGACGAUUCGAUUUAUCGUCUCUUAAACAGAUAUUAAUACGGGUAUUACCUAUUUUAAGGUAAGUAAAAAUCCGCGGGUAUUUCGAACACGGCGUGCAUAAAACGCGUUUCUAAACGUUUAUUAAUACGCACGAUGUCCGUAAAAUAUAUGUAGUACUACUAUUCUGGCUAGUUUAUUAUCAUCCUGUAUCGUAUGAAAUGGUGAAUUAUGUUUGUUUGCCGUUCCGCGACUAUGUAUCGAAUAUUAUUAUUAUUGUUGCAUUAUACUUACCUAUAUUAGAUAAAGGCUUAGUUUCCUUUCGCCACGAACAUAUAUAAAUAUAACGCGUUCGUCGGUACACUGCACAUACCAGUUAUACCUCGGUAAAUCGUUAUAAUAUUUUUAUAGGAUGCGUCGAUGAUGACCUAUAUAUUAUAAAGUAGGCACUACACAAAAAAAAAAAAAAAAAAAUGAAGUAUCCUGUAUUAAUAUUAAUACACAUUUGUCAAAUAUUUGAUAAUAAUGGUUAUUAUAAAAAUAAAUAUUUUAAAUAAAGUACAAUGCUUUUAGGAUAGGUAGUAAUAAAAGCGUACAAAAAAAUAUUCUUUGAAAUCUAAAAUUAAAUUAAGGAAAACGAUUUACUCAAUGUUCGUAUAACUAGACUAAAAAUGGACCUCUUUAGGGGUUGAAUUUGAAGAUAAAAGUAGACGGCGACCUUUUCCUUGAUUUGAAGGUCGAGUGUACGAAAUUUAAUCAAGAUGGAAAUAAAAAUCGUAGAUUUAUGUAAAAAAUCGACGUAGAUCGAACUCGAUUACUUAUAUAUAUCUAUAUGUAUAGAAGAAGAUAAUGUUAAAAACAAACAAUGCAUUUAAAUAACUCAUAAUGUCUAAAAUUGCGAAAAAAACGAAAUCGAAUUUAUAUAUGAGUAUAUUAUUCUGAAUCUAUAUGAAGCGAAGAGUUUUUACCUAUGAUAGCAUUAUUGUGUGCAAUAUAUAGGAAAGAAGAAAAAUGCAAAAAUCGUCAAUAUUAUUAUACAUCUCUAUGAGUCAUAAAAUGCGAGUAGGUAAACCAGCUAAGGGCGAAUUUAAUAGUCCAGUCCGCGUCGAAGCGAACGGACCGUGUCGUUUCGAAAAAAGUCCGUAUCGUAUCUAUCGUUUUAAGAGCGAUGCGGUGAAAGGGUGCAAUUUGUGUCUGAGAAAAAAAAUAUGUAAGUAGGUAAAGUGUUUCGACGUUCGUUUCUAGCGAUGACUAUAUAUUAUAUUAUAAUACGGAAUCGGUCGGUUUAUAUUUUGUUUUAAAUUUCGAUUCGGGUUAUAAACUAAGCGAAAGUUCGUUUUAACUUAAUUUUACUAAAAAUAAAAAUACCUACCUAUAAUAUACGCAUUUAGAAUUCGAUAUUAUUAUUGUCUCGCGUCCGUCAAACAGAAAGGGGUAAUAAUAAAUAAAUAUAAAAAAAAAAAAUAAAAAAAAAAUGGAUGUCACUACAAUAAUGUAAUGAUAAUAAUUAAUAACGUAUCACGCCCACAACAAUAAUACAAUAAUAAAAUAAUUGCAGUGACAAUGAAAAUAACGUCGAAAAACAUCGUGUUGAUGUUUAGAACGUGAUCCUUUUGUCGACUAAUGAUAGGUAGCAGACUAGCAACUGUUAUAUUAUCGCAGUAGGUAUACACUUAAUUUGAUAUCGUAAAUUAAUUUUUUUUUUUCCAUUUGCAAUGUCAUUGUUUUUUUUUUCAGUCUACUAGAAACGGCUCUACUUUCUGUACAGAUCAAAUUGGGUGCGUAACUCGAAAUGUACACGAAUUAUUUCAUUUUUUUUUUUUUCCUAACGAGUUUACAAUUUUUACUGUAAAAUAAAAUACUAUUUAAUAAGAGUAGAAACUAUAUUAAAAUAUAUGUACGACGCAAUCCGUUUACAAUAUUGUUAUAUUAUCUAGACCACCUAUAUAUAGCCUUAGAUAUUUAUCAAAAGACUUUCAACUGCACUUGACGUAUUUUUUAAUUUUUCGGUGAGAAAAAAAAUCCGCAUAAUUAUUACGUCAAAAAGGACUCUUAUCUAUUAUAAGUAAAAUCUGUUAUUUCCCAAACGACCAAAUUAUGAAAUAACGAACGGUCGUCGAAAAUAAUGCUCGUGCUUAAAAACACGAAGAAAAUAUACUAUUCGACAUUUCACCAUUAUUUUUAUUAUUGUUGAUUCUCACGCAUAGAGUAGAAAUAAAUGACUAUACUGAAUUUCGAGUGGAAUUAUAAUGACAACUGGCGGACUUGAAAAAAUUAUUUUGAAAAGUUUUUUUAAAAGCUUUCGAAUAUUUUUGAGUUAACAUUCGAGUUUUCUUUCCAAUGUAAACCGUGGGGUGAACGGUGGUGCAACCAGGGUUAUAACCCCACCCCCAAAAUUUGAGAUUCGUUUACGAAUUUCGCGUAAUACGUAUAGUUGUAUAAUUUGUAUUGCAAUUACAGAAAUUGCAAUGAAGUUUUAAAUACGUGUACGUCGUGCAGUGUGCACAUCAGUUAUUUAGUAAUUUAUUAGUCCAAAAACUCGUCCCCUUCCUCCAGAAAUGAAUAUUGUUUGUGUAACCAACUAGUAGAUAACUUAAAUCAUCGGAAAUCGAUCACAGGCAUUAUUUUAUCAUUUCAUUAUUCUUAUAUUUUGAAUAUUUUAAAAGUAGGUAUUCAAAAUAAGUGUUCAGUUUUAAAUAAACAUAUUUUUGAAAAAGUAUUUAGAAUACAAUAUCAAAUAGUUUACGUAGAAGACUUCAAAAACCGUAAAUAUUUAAAUAAUUAAAAAAUAUUCGAAUAUUUGUAUUUAAAUUCACGUUUAUUCUAUUACUUUACGAGUAGUCUGAGACUCUAAGUAUACAGGGUAUUUUAUGAUUCAUGUUCGAGAAGCUCGAGAUAAAAUGCUACGUUAAAUUUUACGACUUGGACGGCAGUGAAAUUGUAUCAUCCACUGCAGUCGUACCGCAAUGAUUACUUUUUUCGUUUUAAACUUUUAUCAAAUUAUAAAAUAUAUAACGAAGUUACUGUGUUUAUAAUUUGAUAUGUCACACGAACCGUCAGUAUUAGUACCUAAAACGUACGUACAGUUACGUGAUAUUGACCGUAACACGCAGAAGUCCGAUGACGUAUUAAACUUGGAAAAACUCGUGCACAUUUUAAAGUUUUGAUUAGAUAGUUAUUUUUUUUUUUUAAACGUAUUGUUUCUCGUGUAAACAUAGAUUAAUUUAAUAAGUAUCUAUAUCACGAAAUUAUAUAUAUAUAUAUAUUUGUUUGUUUUUAAUCAAAAACGAGGUAGAUAUUUACACUGCUUACACGAAAAUAUAAUCUAAGAUGUUUUUUUUAUAUUUUAUGACAGAAAACUAAUAAGUAAACAAUAUUGAAUCAUACGGUGAAUCAUGUCGAACAUACGAGCGAUUCGUUAUCGUUUUUCUCCAUCUCGCUCUCCGGACCAAUAAGCUCUUGAAAUAUUGCGCGGAGUUCACUGCAGGCUAUUAGCUAGAAAAUAUAACGAGGAUUUCGGUAAACGUUAAAUCACUAUAAGUUGCGAAAAAGAACGCCCGAAAAGUUGAAAGUAUGUCACCAUAGUGUAGGUAUAGGCGUUUAUAUUAUAAUUGCAUCGGCAGCGAACAAAACCCUAGCUUAAAAUAUUAAAUUUAUGGUGUCUCGUUCUUUAUUUCAAACUUGCCAAGAUGGGUUUUGUUGGUAUCAAAUUAUUAGAGAAUUUUCAUCGUCUAACAAAGUCAAGAAAGGUCAGAAAAGAACAGAAUAUUUAUGUAGGUAAUAUUUGUUAUAUUUUUCCGACGAUUUGAUUAAAAUAAAGGAAAUCAAAAAAACUAAUCGACAGAAAUAUACAAUAUACGUCAUAGUUAUUAAUUAUUAUUAGUAUUUAUUCGACCUCUAGAACCGUCUCACAACCAAUUUUAUCCAUCGCCGAUACAGUCCGAUUUAAUGAUCAAAUUCUGAUUCACUCCACCGAAUACUCGACAUCCGUUUUUACUACGUCUUAGUGCCUCAUUCUACGUGACCUUUUAAAUGUCCCUACCCUACUCAAUUAGUUUAUGUUCAAGCAUUAUCCGUAUAGUAGUGGAUUUUAAAUUCUCUGUAAAUUUCAUAAAUUUGUAAUACAAGUAAAUAUGCUCAAAACUUUAAGAAUAAACUAUUUCAUUAUUAUUUAUUAUAAACACACACCUAGCUCUUAAAAAAUUACUUAUUACUUAUUAUUGUUGUUCGAUUCCUUAAUUAUAUGCAGUAAGAAGAGUGCAAAUGAUUUUGUAAUUUAAAUAAUGUUAGGUUUGAUAAAAGAAAUACUGAAUGUAUUAAUAUUAUGAAUGUAUACAUUUGAACACCGUUUUAUUGAUCGGGAAAAUAAUAGUAACAUUAUUCAAAUGCUUGAACGGUGCAACUUUUAAGUCAGAUUUAUGGUUUAUUCUUAUAGUUUAAAUUUAAAACCAUAAAUAACUCAGAUGAUCGAAUCUGAUGGGCGAUUAUUUGGUAUACAGAUUUGAUAGAUCGGAACAAAAAGAAAUCGCGUUGCGUCACGAUGAGCCGGACGAGCUUAGUUUUCGGUUUCAUUAAAUUUCAAAAAAGGCAAUCGACUGCUAUUAAAAUGGUUAUUAAUUAUACGCUAUUAUUCGUAUACUAUCGUGGAGUGUGAAAUAAUACCGAAAAAACGUUUUAAAAGAGAUAUAAAUACAAAAUUGUAUUAGGUAUAAACAAUAAACGCUUAUAUUUUAUACAAACCUAAUGAAAUACCGAACGUUUUUCUGUCCGAAAUAAAUUCAAGUACCGACUGCAAAAUAAGUUAUAAGGACGUCAUACCAUUAUUUAUACACUGUUCAGUGUUACCGAAGACUUUUUCGUUUUAUAAAAUGUUUAGAAAACUAGCGACGUAAAUAAUUUCCUCUUUCAAUUUUGUUAUUCGUGUUUAAACUCUAAUUUCAAUCUAAACGCUCGAUACGUAUGAUCUGCGUAAAGAAAUUCCGCCAUUUAGACUGAGACAGUAUACGCGGGUGUGGCGUCUUCUCAAAUAAAAUAGCCGGUAGCGUCACUAUAACAUUAUAGCUUUCGGAUCAUCUCGUAUAAUUUUGUAUUGUUGUUAUGUUUUACUUUCACUUAAAUUAGACACAUAAAAAUCGAAUAAAAGUCUAAAAAAAUGUUACACCGUCUAUACCUAUGUCUGUGUAUGCUAUCGACUAUUGUUGUCGUUGUUGUAAUUUUAUACACUUUAAUCCGCUAUAUGAACGAUUUAUGACAAAAUAUAUUCGCAGCCACGCCAACAAUAGGUAACAUCGAUCGGUCACAUGGAAAUGUCGAUAUCGAAAUCGCGUGAUUACAAAUUACAAUAAGGCACGGCGGCGUAUUCAUAAUAUUAUUGUCAUAUUAUCGCAGAUAUUCGAUUCUAUUCCUUAACAUGUGCAAUAUUCCAUUAGAAAACAUAAAUUAAAUAAAAAAAAUGCGUAGCAAGGGCGAUCGGCAUUGUCAUCACGUGCGUCGCCUUCGUUACGUACGGUUUCUAGUUACGUGCACGGCGCAUUUGAAAAUAUACAUUAUAAUUUGGAUGGAGUUUAAAAAUGCACACCUACAGUGUUAUUAGCUAUAGAAGAAAUCGCAUCUCAUCGUAUCGAAAUCAAUCUAAAUUCGCAUUCAUUAUAUAAUAAUAUUUCACAGAAGCUCAAUAAGGUUUCUGUGACCAAUAAUAAUUUCGAGACGUUUUCAAUACAGUUAUUCGAUACACUGCGCCCGCAUAAUAUAUUAUUUUAACGAUCGUAAAUGUAUAAAACCGUAUAUCCGUGAAAAUAAUGACACCUACACGUGCCAAUAUGUUUCAGUUUUUAUUUUGAAGUUUAAACGCAAUAAAGCGUAUAGAUACGCAUUAAUAUCGGAAUCGUUUUCGAACAGCGAUUCGUAUGGGUAUUAUUCUAUAUUUGUCUCGUUAUAAAUAAAUUGGAUUAUGAUCGUAAAACAUUUGUUUGAUUUCAGUUUAGAUUCCUAGUGUAGCGACGAUGCUUUUAUUUGUUCACAUUUUAGAAAACACUUUUUUGGUCCAUAAAAAUGAUUCAAAUUGUUCACACCGUAACUCAAGAUGUGGUUUUAUUUUUGUCGAUUUCUUGACUUCACAAGGGAAAAAUAAAACGGUUAUAAUACUUAAGCUUCAUGUAUACCAGUUAACCGAGCUCGGCUCGGUUUUUGACUGAAAUAAUUUAUCAUCGUUACUUUCAGUAAAUAAACCAAAACACUCUGUAUUAUAUAUACCUUCCCAACUUCCCACCUACGCAACAGUGGCCUGUGGCCUCCUCACGAUGCGAAGUUUGUAUAUGUAAUUAUAUUUGGGUAAGUUCAUAUAAUUUGUGCAAAAUAUUAAUUAUUUUUUUGUUUUGUUUUAAUACAAGGAAAAUAUUUUUUUUCCAUUUUUACAGCGUUUCGGUGUAGUUUUGAAAUAUGCUCAGUUGCUUUGAGAUCCGUUUUUGGAUGAUUUUUUAAAUGAUUUUUUUAAAGAGAUAUUAUUACUUACUUAAAAUCAACAGCUUUAUUGUUAUUAAUUCAUUUCAUUUAAAUUCGAAAUAUCUGCAGUUCGGUAGAUGGACUUGUUGGAUUUUUGUGUUGUUUUUUUCUGGGUAUUUACUUUAGCGUUCUUGUAAUAAUAUCGAAUACGAGAUUUGACGUGUUGUUAUAUAUUUUUAUUUGUUGAAUUUUCAGCAUCGUCAUUUUUAUUAUGAGAUUCGUGAGUUAUGCGGAUACAAUACGUCCGACGUCUUAUACUAUUGUAUAACAGUUUUUUUUAUUUCACCAGUUGAAUAUUUUCGGCGGAUAUGUCUUUUUUAUAUAUUUCAUAUAAAAUCAACAAUUUUCUAUGUGGGCAAUGUAUAUGUGUGAUCUAAACACUCGCUAGUGUGAAUUUCUUUUGUUCAAUUGCUAUUUACGUAAGUAUGUAAUAUUUUGUUUUAGAUUUUCAUAUUUUAGUAACAUAUUAUUGUUGUAAAGAAACCUACACAAUUCGCGGGAAUAGGUUUUUUUUUUCUUCAAAAUUUACUUUUAUCGCCACUAAUACAAUAUGGUUUUUGCAACGCACUUCACAAGAAAUAAUCGAUAGUAUAAUUUAUAGUUAUAUAAAUAAUUUAGGCAUUAGUUAAAAUAUACGUUAUCUUGUUUUGUUUUGUUUUUUUUUUUUCAUAAUGAUAACAUGUGGGAAAAAUGUGAAAACGUCAUCAUGUUGAGAAUUUGUUUUAUUCGUGUACAACCAUUUUGUAAAUUUUAGUUUUUUCAAUAGUUGUUUAUAAUGCACAUAGGUAAUAAUAUUGUUGUCACAAUAUUAUUAUAUUUUAAAAUAUCCAGAUAUCUCGUAAAAAAAAAGGAACAAUGAAAAUAAUUUUGCUCUACCAAUAUAAGUAUCAAUUUUUUUUAGAAGAAAAAACACAAUAUUUUUGUUGACAUUUUUGUACUUUAGUCAAAGAUUUCAGAAAAAAAAAAACACAAAGAACAAUUAUUAUUGUUACCUAUUUACUUUGUGAUAAUUAAACAGGAAAAAAAAGAAGGGAAAAUGUUCCAAUUAAGUUGCUCUGUGUUGUCAUUUGGUCCGUGUAACAAUAUUUUGUUUCCAAGGUAGUUAUUGCAGGUUUGUAUAGUAAGAUAAAGAAAAAUGUCAGUAUAACGAGAUUAUUAUUUUUUUUUUUUUAGAGCUAUUUUGGAAUUGCCUUUAUAAAUUCAACCAAAUAUCGAUACAGGUACCUAAAUCCCAUAUUUUUAAAUUUCAAUUAAAAUUACACGUUAAUUAAUAAUCAACAGACAAUUAUGAUAAUUAUACUUAUAUAAUUUAUAAUCAAAUUUUGAAAUUUAAAUGUUUUAGGUAUCUAUAAAUUAUAUAUAUUCGAUAUCAAUGGUGUGCAUAUCAAAACGUUUAGAAAAUGAUUCUCUAUUCAGAUCUGUGUUUGAAACGGAUGGUUCCAAGAAGGUUGCUUUUUGAUAGGGCUGCUACAAUAUGCGAGAUUUCCUAAAUAUAUUUAUUUUUACGAGACCUUUUUUUUUUCUCAGCUUAAUCAGUACCACUCCUCUCACCUAAUACUUACAAUAACACCCUACACUUGGCCAAUGUCGGAAAUACUGUUUGAUAUGACAACUCACGUGUACAUUUCUAAAAACAUAACUUUUCCAGUUUUACGUCCAUUAUAAUUAUGCUAUCUUUUUUUACGGGUACACAAGCUCAAGGCCUCUGAAAGCGCGAGGCCCUAGACGUAAGCCCCACUCACCAUACCUUAAGGCCGGUCCUGCUUUUUGAAUACCCAAAGUUUUUAAGUUAUAAGGAGUAGGUGUAAACAUUGAAAAACAGGAUUGAAAUAUAACUUAAACGAUUCUAUGUAAUGAUUGAAAAAGAAAACAGAAUUUCAAUUCACUUAAAAUCCUCCGAGAAAAUCGAUGGAUGUCUCUUAUUGCCCGUUUUUCAUUCUCGUAAAACGAAUUCUGUCUCGGUUCUAACAUAUGUCGUAUUAUAAUAUAAUAUUAUAUUAUAACAUGACGACAAUAAUGCUAUUAUAACCACAUACACGUAGCUCAACCGUGAAAUUACGUUUCGUAUUACGAGAGGCGUCUUGGUGUGAUAAAUCCUUUGGUAUUAGCAUAGAGUACGGUGCACUCUAAUUUAUUAUCCCAUAAAUUAUCGCGAAUAUAGCAUACGGGUAAAUAAUAAAUUAAAAUUAGAUCGUUUAACAAAUAUUCGAAUCCGCGGACAAUAUAUUAUGCAAAACAAAAAUAUGUAAAUCACAACGUUGUCGUACGCCCAAUUUUUCUAUGGACUUAAAUAUGUGUACUUCUAGGCAAUUUUAACGGAAUGUACUCGCCGAACUUUCAAAGUGAAUUUGCAUUUUUUACUUUCGUAGUGAAAAUUAAAGAUAUUAACGCAUUAACUAGGGUUUGGUACAUAUAUCGAUUUUCAGUUUACUCGUACGAGACAGUAUAAUAUAGUUAGCAUGAUUAAAUACAUUUUUUAAAAAUGUUAAAAAUGGAGCUUUUAUUAAGCUUUUGUAGUGAAAAAAUCGUGUUUCGUAAAUCUGUUAGCGUUUUACAAAUAACAUAAUUACACGUAUAAUACGUAUGUUAUACAGAAUAUACAUCUAUCUAAAUAAAUUGCAAACUUACGUACUUACGUUAUUUUAUUAUUUCUGGUACGUUCAAUAUUAUUUUUCGGACAAAAGCGCGUUUCAAAAGUAUAGUUAGAGCAGCUAUCAAUUAGAAUUUAAAGGGGAAAAAGUCUAGAAAAAGAACGAAAAAUCGUCGGAUGACCGAAAUACGGAUAUAAAUGAAAGAAGUAAGAUCUAUAGAGCGAUUGGAAGUGACAUACGGGAGGAAAAUAUUCAGGUCCUGGAACUAAUAAUUUCCCAUUUAGAUCAAUUGGAAGUCCAAUAUCGGGGGACAGUGAUAGCUGUUUUAUAGAGUUUUUAGGCCAUAUGAUAACGAAUUAAAGUUCGUGUUUUUUUUUUUUUAUGUUUUAGUUUUUUAUUUUUAACUAUAAAUGACUAUAUUAUACUAACUUAUUAUAAUUUUCAACUUCGCACCUAUAACUGUAGUCCUGUAGUGACCAUAUAAAAAAAUAUAUAUGCCAAUUUUUUUAAAAUAUUUUUUUCAUAAGUCUAAAAUACGAAUUGUGUACUAAGAAUAUUAUCGUCUGAUUUACUGUACCUGUCCUACGAAUUGCAGAUUUUUAAUUUAUCCGCGGUAAAUAGGUAGGCACAACUUAAUUUUCAAAUAAAAGAUUUGACUCUCAUAAAUAAAAAGCUUUGAAAAUUGUCUUUUUUUUUUUAUAAUAAAUUGAAAAAGAAACUUAACUUUUUAUUAAAAUGUAUGCAAUUUAAACUAAACGAAUAUGUUAAUAAAAUUCUUACACAGCUAGAUAUUAUAAAGCAUUAAAGCUGUGAUAUUAAAUUUUCGUCGUAGUUUGUUUCGCUCUAGACUCAUUCCGCAAAAUAUUAUUAUUAAAACGAUUUUCCGACACAAGGUUUUAAUGCGUUCAAAAACUGGCAUUCUCUGAAAUUGCUGCAAUAAUAUUACUAUACGCGUUUAUAACUAAAGCGAAAUAAUAUUGUAAUAAUAUUAUGCCCAGUAAUCAUAAUAAUUAUAAUUCGAAAUCCGCGGUUAACGAUUGUAUAGAACGAUUAUCAUCGUUAUUAUGUAAACAGAAACCCGAUAACAAUGCGAAAUUUUAAUGGUUUUAAUGUAAUGUAUAAGUUGUAACGGGUAAGUAUGCGGUAAUAAUAAUAAUAACUGACAAAUAUUAUAAUAAUUACUGAAAGUAUAAAAACAAAAAAUACGUAAAAAAAACAAAAAAAAAAAAAAAACAAAAAUAUAACGGUCUCACGUUUGAUGAGAACUAAAAAUUUUACUACAUAGGUAUAAUAUUAUGUUUUAUCGGGUUUUUACUUUCUCCUUCCGCUUUUUAGUAGUCCUAACUGUCUUCCUCGAUCUAUCUAUUACAGUUUUACACCAGACAUGGUGUACUUACCUCAUACCUGUACCUACCGGAAUAUUAAAAUGUGCAUUACAGACAUUAUAGACACCAUUGCGAACCGUCUGUAGAUUGUUUCAAAACGAAUAAUAAUAAUUUGUAAAUUUAUGAAACAAAAAAAACUAAAUAUUAUUCUCACUUUCUCUGCACACAGGACAUUGCGUGCCCUUUUUUUUUUCACCCGUACCAUAUUAUUAUCUUGUAUGGUUCUUGUGGACGCACUCGAUUGAUAACACAUAUUAUUUUAAUAUUACGACGGAAAUAAUAAUAUUUACGAUUCAUUUAUAUGGCAAUACCAAUAUACACGGUUAGCUCAGAUGCUGCCAUACUGAACAAUAAUAGUGUGAUGAAAGAAAAAAAACAAACAAACAAGAAUUACAAGCUAACGUUUGGUUUUUUUUUUUUUUUCAGAUCGGGUGGAAUCCGAUAAUGGGCCCGAACCACGGUGUUCCUUUAUUAGCCAUAAUAGUCGUCGUCAUAGCCAUCACAUCACCUAUUGCCACAAUUAACGGUAAGUAAAAUAAGUAUAAUGUUAUAUUUAUGUAAUUAUUUAAUCUUAAUCUCUAUCACGAAUAAAAAAAAAAAAUAACAAAUAUCGUGACUCUGGAUUUUCGAUGUUUGUAUAAGAAUGUAUAAACGUAGAUUUGAGUGAAAAAUUUGAAAUCACGUAAAACCAAAAAAAAAAAACCCCCUUUUAAAUGACAAACGGCUUUUAAAUAACUCAAUAAACGUCAGAAAAUUACACCGCGUUUAGAAAAUGCUAAUACAAGCAUUCGGCUCUACAAUCAUUUUUCACAAUAUUUUAUAAUUUUUGUACAAUAGGGAAAUAUUUUAAAAAAUUACUAUAAUAAUUAUACCGGGCGAAUCAGUAUGAAUUGAUAAAAUAUUACUUUCAUUUCCAAUAUAUUUAAGUUCAAAAUAGCUAUUUUUUCAACUAGGUUUUUAGAAAAUGUUUUAUGCUUAAAAAUUGUAUGUACUCGUAUAUGUAAGAUAUUAAUAUGUUUGUUUUCAACGAUUUUUUGUUUUUUGUUCUGUUGAAAUUAUUGUAUGCACGUGAGGAUAUUGAUUUUGAUUGCAUUAAUGACUGCAGUCUGAUAUCAUUUUUUUCUACAUUCCAUGAUUAUACAAUACAUUUGAAAUGGUUCACAUUAGCUAUUAUUGGUUUGAGAAUUGUAAUAUCAUAAGUGUUUUUUCCGUCUGUUUUUGACUAUAGAAGAAAUAGGUACAUUUGAAACAGUAGAUAUUCUGAUAAUAAUAUUGUUUCACCAAGUGUUGAAAAAAAAUGGUUAAAUCGUUCAAUAAUAAUAUGAAGUUACCAUCGGAUUAUUUUUACAUUUUAUCGAAAUUCUAACACUGUAGUUUUGUGAUGAGGCAUUAGCACUGCACAUUUUAGUGUGGAGAAUUAUUUCCUGAAGACAUCAAGUAGUAGUUUAAUUUAGUUCCGAUGUUACACCGAUGAAUUUAAUAAUUUAAGUAUAGUCGUUCACUCGUUGCAUUAAUCUAUUUUAUGUUUAAUUUUUGUACAGAGGUUUACAGAGGAUGAUGAGUUUGAGAGGAAAAGUAAUAUAAUAAUAAUAAUAAUAAUAAUGAAAUCGCGGACGAAUAUAAUUAUCCAAAUUUUAAACUGAACGUAGCAAAACAGAAAAAAAAAAUUAUUAUUCCAAAACUUUUAAUUUUAUCAUAAUAAAUAAUCGUAACAACUUUAUUUGAUUUUAGUUUAUACCGAGCGAAGAAGUGUGUAUAAUUUAUUAUAGUUUACAAUGAUAAUGUGUUCGGUACGUUAUCUUUAUUUAUUUUUUUUUUAUCCCUAAGCAAUAAAUAAUAUUAUGCAAAACGAGAUUUACUCGGCUGCUUUAUAUAAAAAAUAAAAUCCUUAAUAAUAAACACAUAAAAGGUUCGCAGGUUUUUUUUAGGAAUUUCUUCCAAAUAUUAUAUUGUAGGAUAUCGUUUACAUUUCAAUUUCGAGCAGCUCAACAAACGAGCAGAUUCAUUUUUAAAGUGAAUUUCGUUUGUAUUAUAAAAAGUUCAGUGCCGAGACGAUUUGAAAUAGAAUACCCCUGCUGCAGUCUUCUUUUCGCUUUUGUCUGUUAAAACGUUAGUGAACGGUUUUCCGUGUAUUUACCCAAAACACUCUGAAUUAAAUUUCGUUCACGUUUUCCUCUUUAUAUAAUAUAACCCACCGUAAUUUGUUUUACCAUUUGUUUUUGUUGGUCGUUUAUUGACGUAAUACGUUUCCAUUAAUUAAUCUAUUAAAAAAUAUUACAUUUUAAAGUUAACCGUAUUAUUUUACAAUCUGAUUAUAGCGAAGAAGCUAGUUUUAAUAAGAUGUGUUUUCUUUCUCACUAAGAAACAAUUUGUUGAUAAUAAUGAUCCGAUUUUUUCAUGUUGUACUUCAAAAAUGCAGACUUUCCGCUCGAUAAAAAUUUUAUAUCAUGAAUGAUUUUUCGAAAUCUAUAAAACUUUUUUUCAAAGGAAAAAAAAACACGCCUUAUACUAUAACCUUACACCAGUCUACCGAGCUCCGCUUAUUACAGUUUUUUGAUUGCAUUCGUUGAUUUCAUUGGGUAUAUAUUAUGAACUAAAUUAUCCUAUCUAACUGUGUAUCCGCAGAGGCCAGAGAUUAGUAAUGAUUACAAACGGGUCAAAUAAUGUCAUUAAUUAUUUCGCAUUAUAUAUUAUUAUAAUAAACGUGCAUGUAGGUACCUCCUACCCACCUACUCUAUAAAAUAACGACGUCUCGUUUUUAAUAUAAUAAUAUCGACGACACGUUGACUUCGGAUCCCUAUUUAUGGCCGGUACACGUUUUUUGAGUUUUAAAGAUUUAUUACCUUCGCUGGAGUGUUUAUUUAGCGUUAUUUUUCCUCACGUAUUUCGUUCACUAUCGUGCAUAGAUAAUGUUCCCUUGAACACGCUGCAGAAAUCAUUAUUGUAUAGGCGUAUAGUUUAUUCAAAUAUUUUGAAAUACAAAUACACGCGAGAUAAAUAUAUAAUAAGUAUGUACCUAUUGAAAAACGCGUUGUUUACACGUGUCGAAACAGUUCUUUUUGUCGUUGUAUUUAAAUUAUUAUUAUACAUAUCGAGUUAGCUAUGCAAUUCAAUAAUUUGAAAUGCGGCAAAGUUACAUUUGUAUAGUGUCUUAUACGCAUACAGGCAACAUUAUAUCAUUAUAAUAUUAUAUAUCGGCCCGUACGGUAUAUUGUACACGCAGGGUCACUGUAUAAUUUUGUGUUACAAAAUUUAAGGAAUUUCAUAAAAAUAAAUAUCUAGAUUAAUCCUUGUUGUGUAUUGUAUCCACAAUAUUUUAAUUUAUAAUCGUGUACCUACCGGCAGUACGACACACGGAGGUAUAAUUUACCAUAACUAUACCUACAUGUAAUACGGGCGGACACAGUGUUUUGAAAACGUAGAUAUGUUUAAAAGGGAACGAUAUUUCCGAAACAUUCGCGAUUAAUGUUUAAUGUAAUAUUUUACUUUUAAUAAACGUACGUUUUUUUCGAUUGAACGGGUUUGUACAGCAAUAACCCGGACGGUUUUAAUACACUUUAUUGGCGAAAUAUUCACGUUUCGAUUAUUCCCUGAUAGAGAUUAAUAUUACACUCGUAAUUUUUGUUCAACAACGACGAAUCAGAUGUCCGUGCAGAAGUUGUUUCGCGCCGGGCAACUAUUGAAAAACUAAUAGAUAAUUAAUAAAGUUAAAAUAAUAGAAAGUAAAAUAUGUACAUAAAACACACUGUAUUUUUAAAUAAAUUAUAAAUCGUAGUAUUUUCUGGUAUCGUUAUGGUUCGUUGUUUGUGUAUCAUAGAAGUGUCAAUAAGUGAAACGAGUGUCAUAGAAAAGUUAUGAAGGACAAUAGUAUUAUAGAAGUUAUAAUACGUGUUUAGAGCUGUAAGGGUUUUUUUUUUUUUACGAGACAAUUCCAAAGUUUUCUUAUUGUUUUUUCUACGAAAUCUUUGGCAAAAUUACUUCAUACAUUUUUAAUUUAAAUUUCAAUAAAUAUGGUUUUUAAUAUAAUAUAUAUUAUGCAAAUAAUUAUUGCCACUGUAUAAAUGCAAUAAAUGCAUAUUUAAUUAUUAUAUAGGUACUUCAAUAACAAUAUUAUACCUUUAACUUUUAAGAGUUUAAAAAUUUUGUGUAUACUUUCUGAACAAUUUUGAAUAAAAAAGUUCUUAAAUAAUUAUCAAUUAAUGAGCUCAAUGUCACGAUUGGUGUACUAUUAUUAAAGUUUUUGGCCGUAAUACCGUCAAAAUUCAUUUUAUUUUUUCCAAUUAUCACGAAACUGGGACUGGAACUGGAAAAACAAAUGGUUUUCCGUCGAAUAGUAUUACUCACAUAAAUAAUUUAAAUAUAAAAUUUCGGUAUUCCAUAAUAAUACAUUGGUAACCUAACCUAACCCUAUAUUGUUUUUGUUACAUGGUUUAAUCAUUACUUUUAAUGAUUUCAUGUAAUAUAAUUGAAACAUUGAAAAAGUAAAGGGCCGCCCAUCUACGUGUUUUUGAAAAGAACGUAUUUUUUUUAAACAAACAAAUAAAAAAAAAUCCAGAGUACUAUUUUAAUAUGAAAAAAACCUCAUCAGUUGUAUGGAAACGAAAUGAAAAAUAAAUAAUAUUUUUUGUUGAGAUGAAAUUUUUCUUCUCUUAUUUUUAAUUUCUACAGUCAAAUAAAAAAACACGACAUUUGGGUCCUUAUUUUUUAAUCAGUUUUCAAUACAAGUUCAAUUUAGGGGGCCAAUCUCCUUUUAAAAUACUUCUUUAGCCCCCGAAAUGAUGGCAAGAUGUUUCUUACAAAACUCACUUUUUGUGAGUUAUGUAGUACACGCAAAUUAGAACAGCAAAGGUUUUCAAUGGGCCAGGUUUUACAUAUCGGGGGAUGGGCAUGUUUGGGUUUAAAAAUAUCGGCCCAUGCAGAGCUCUAGUGGACUAGAACUUCACAUGUUAUUUAUAACAUAACUACGUGUUUUACAAAAAAUAAGGUUAGAAAUUCAAGAACCGUGCUACGUUUUAGUGUGCUAGUUCUGAGCGGCGGAGAAAUAAUCGUAAUACAAGAAUAAAAUGUAACAUACAAAUCAGAAAAAAAUGUGUUUGAAGGUAAGCUGGACGGAGGUUUGGGGGGGGGGGGAGUGAUAAAAUCUUAAUUUUCGCCUAUAGCGUUUCAUAUAUUUAAAUGGACCGCGUUCGACAAUAUCGAGUAUAGGUAAUUGAUUGAUGAGCAGGUACACCGAAACCUCGGGUCGUUUUAAUUUCACGAUUCGGUAUAUUUACGAAUCAAUUAUAGGCGAGUGCGUAUAGUGAAUAAUAUACUAUGGUUAUUUCUGCGGACGUUCCGGUUUCAAUGUAUGUGUGGUAACAGUUCGCACGCUGUGGCUGUAUUUAAAAAGCAAAAAAUAAAUUCAGUAAUUUAAAACGCGUUGGUUCCUAUUUUUUUUUUUUAUUAUUUAUUUAUUUUAUUUUAUUAUUUUUUUUUUUUGCUAAAUUAAACGUUGAAAAUCAUCUGUGCGCGGCGGCAAUGAGGUUUAAUUGUCCGGCGACGACGUUUAGUUGUGCGGCGCGCAUCCGUCUCCGACCCAGAUCGUAAUACGCAUAAUAAUAAUAUUAUUAUUACACCCGGCGUCGUAUAAUUUCUAGGUUAGCGCGCAGUCCGUGCCGUCGUCAUCAGGCCGUAACCGGGUGACCAAUACCAUACCAUACCAUCAUCGUCCGCGUGCAUCCACUUACCUUUUGCAUACACGGUGUUGCGGAUAAAACACAAUUAUAUUAUUAUGCGGCGUACACAAUAUAUCACACACGGUGUUAAUCGAUUCACCGUGUCUAAUAAUGUGUAGACGGAUCUGUGUGCGCGGGAAUUCGGUCAGACCGUAAUGAAAUCAUGUCUCGCAAUGGACCGCAAUGACGCCGCGUGCGUCCAGCACAAUAAUACUACCGUACGGGAAAAGGAAAUUCAAAAGACAAAGACGUUUAUGGAUAGGCAGGCAGGCGUUAUAGAUUUUCGAUUAUCCGUGUAAUAUAUUACAGGUAUUAUAUCGGCGGAAAAAUUGUCCCGAACCGUCGACGAUUCCGCAUUCCGUUAGUUUUCGGUGCCGAAUCGCGUGCGUAUUGAUCGCGUUAAAUACCGCGCACGUGGACAAAACGGCGAUAAAUCACCGCCUAUUUGGAUUGCCUGUUAUCGUUUUGCUGUGCCCCGUGGCUAUUACAAUAAUAUAAUAUACGUACGUUUUAUAUACGAGCUCUGGAACUUUUGCUCUCCCACAAUAAUAAUAGCUCUAUUGAAAACGAACCGAUGUCGUUUUAAUCGCGCGGCACAGCAUACACGUGUAGCACGUUUCUGUUUUACAUCGACCAAGAGUCUUAGAUAUUUUUGUUCUUGGUUUUUAACUUAGUUUCAACAUGCGAUACGCGAUUCUUCUUUUUUUUUUUUAAUUUUGAUUAAAAAUAUUGUUUCGAUUAUUAACAUCGUUUAGGGGGCCGCGGACCGCGGUUCAAAUGUCUACAGCUUACAGUUGUCCCGUACGCGGCUUUUUCCGUGCACAGUAUAAUUGGACGGCGAAAAAAAUUCAACCGUAGAUACCUUCCCAUCGCUAUCGCAUUUAUCCGUGGCUAUUUUAUAAUAAUUUUACCAAAAACCUUUCGUGGUUCCGAGGUGCAAACGCACCCGUUCGUCCGCUUUUGUAUGCGAUUUUUCAGAUCUUUGCGGCGUGCGAUAGAUUCGGCCGUGGAAAGCGACACAGACAGACAGACAAACAAACAGACGCUUUUUAUUGAUACAGAUAAAAUGUUUAACCGAACUAAUAAUACGUUCAGAAUAGGUUUUUUUUUUUUUUUAUGGAAUAGUUUUAUUUCACAUUCUAUCGCGUAAUACAAUUAUUAUUACCUAUUAUUAGCCGUGUACAUAAUGAUACCAUUAACGAAAAUCGUGCGGCCGCCGCCGGGCUCCUCGAUCGUAAUAAUUAUUUUCAUUGUAUACAUAUCAUAUCUGGCACGUCGACCAAUCGUAUUAAUAAUAAUAUAUGUUAUAUUAUAGUGAACCAUCAGCUCUUAAUGAAAACCUUUAUAAAUAAUACUCCGUGCUCACAUAUUAUACGCAUUCUGUGUUUUUCUUUUGCUUUCCAUGACAAUUUACGUAGGCAAAAACUACUUUCAAUUUCAGUUAACACUCUGCCGCUGUUCCCUAUAUAUUUGUUCCGUACAAUGGUCCGUUCAUAUAUUUCGUCAAAUAUAAUUACAUUUUUUUUUUUUUUUUUUUUUUUUUUUUUAUUCUCUCUCUGGAAUAUUAAAGACGUUUUUUUCCCCUACAGAAAUACAAUGUGUUACGGAAUAUAAUAUAAUAAAAAGUCUAUCUAUCUUAUAAUAAUAUAUUACCGGUGGGUAUAGCACGAAAUGUAUUAAUAACAAACAAUUUAAUUAAAAAAAAAAAAACAUCAAAAAAUCGACAGAGACAACGACGCAAUUAACUAAAUUAGUUGAUAAAUAUUGUAUAUUAUGUGUAUAAACAGUAUAUAUAUAAUGAAAAUUACGGACUUCCAAGGAAAAUAUUAUAUAUUUUUUUUUUUUUUUUUUUCCCCCAAUUGGAAAAUGUAUUGCCUAUAGAAGGUGUAAUAUUAUCUUAACGGAAAUUUCGUCUGUUACGAUUUAAUAUAUUCUAAUGGUUUAUCAGGAAAUCGUCAUUAAAUAAAGCAUUGUUUUCGUUACUAUGACGUGUGUUGUAACGUACGUAUUCAAAAUAUUUUUACACGUUUUAUUUUUAAAUCCCGAGUGCAGCAAAGAAAACCUGUAUUACAAUAAUUUGACUACAAUUUAUUCGGUUAGUAAAACCGCUUCAAAUUGAUGACGUUUUACCUUAAAUGGUGCUGGUUUUUCGCGCGGCGGUACUUACAAUUUUGAACAAUUUGUCUAGAUUCUCAAUAGUUUUCUUAAAAAUGCAAAAACAUUGACACCAAUUGGCGACCAAUUAUAUGUAUUGUAUAUAUUUGUUGAUUUCUUGGUUAACCCUAGGUAACGCGCGAGGUGCUACGGGGCUACGAGGGAGAAAAUCAUAAUAUUAUCCAUAGUAGCGUUAUAUUACCUAACCAGUGUUCCAAGCUCCGUUCAGAAUAGUUUUUUCGAUUGCAGUGAUUUGUGUUUAAUCUUAGUCCGUAGUACUACAUUAUCUGCUCUAUAUCUGUCCUAUAUCAACCUAACUUUCCAUCGACCUCUGGUGCGAAUUAUGUUUAGCUUCUUAUAAUAAUUUUUACGGUGAAAAUGAUAAUUGUAUGAAACUUUGAAGUAAUAUUCGGUAAUAUAAUAGUUUAUAUUACAAAUUAAAAUUACUAUUUUGGUAAUUUUUAUGCUAUGCAUACCCUUUUUUCGUAAAAACCAAUAACUACAUACAAUAUUCAUGAACGAUUGGGAAAAUACAAAACUAAUCAAUAAAGUUGUGUUUAAUCUUAGUUAAAAAUGUUACUUAACACUUAAAAUGAUUUGAUGAAUGAUUUAUGUAGACAUUUAAAACUUGUUAAUUUAUUCCAAAAAUAUUAUUUUUAGUAUUUUUUGAAUAGAAUCAACAAUUAUAUUUUAUAUAAUCAGACAACUACGGGUAAAACAUAUCAUUUCAUGCUUUUUUUUUUUAUAAAAAUCUUAUACAUUGUAUACUUUAUACAAUGGUACAAUAAUUCAAUCUCGUUUAUAAUAAAUACACAUUUGGUUAAAUAAGGUAAUUUCACAAAUAGGUAAUGGUUCAAAGUAUAAUCGUACAAUGUAUUAUUAUUGUAUUUAUCAGUCCAAGAAUGUUUUGCAUAAUACGCGCGUUAUGCAAAAAGGGUACCUACAUUAUAUUAUACAUUAUUUGACUUUUACAUUGAUCUGCACCCGCGUCUGCAACCUUCCUUGAUAAUCGUUUUAAUGGAUUAACUGAAUUACAAUUUUAAUACAUUUUUGUCCUUAAAACGUUUCUGACAAUUACAAUUACAAGGGUGACCUGAUUUUUAGAUUCAGGGCGUAUUUUUCGUUCAAACCAGAAAAAACAACACUUCGUAGAGUAUGGAUUUUGAUAGUUUUUGAUUUUUCUUUUUGGAAAGAGAAAUAAUUUUUCAGGGCACAUUGGACUUGGAUUUUGAAAAUUAUAUUUCUGACAGUUACAACGCUAUAGUUUUGAAUACAUAUGACAAAUUGUCACUAUUUUUUUUUGUGAUUCCCAAUUACUUACUUAACUAUUGCAAACUGUAAGAAUUGAUCCUCGUUCAACCAGAAAAAAUAUAAUCGAAAUCUGAACACUCUAUAAAGCAUGAGAGUUCUUACUGUAAACCGUAUUUGGAGCAAAAUAAAACAGAUCACGCCCUUAGUAUAUAAGUUAAUCUGAUUGAACUAUUUGUUACGAACUGUUAAGACUUGUUAGCUGUAAAUUUUAGCAAUUUAUCUGUAUCCGGUUCCACUUGCCUUUUAUCGUCACUUGAUCUUUCCUUUCCAGCAGCUCUGACUUGCUGGAAACUUACAAUGCAUCAGUUAUGAAAUAGGUUCUUUUUUGCGCCAGCCCAAGCGAGUCUUCAUUAUUUUAUUUCGCUCACUAUAAUAUUACCUAAUAAUAUUAAUAAUAAUAAUUUUAAUUUAUUAUUUCCUCCAGAAAACUGACAUUUAGGCGGACAAACAAGAAACAAUUUUUGUUGGGAUCUAGCGAAUAAAAAUAUAUAUUACACCGUAACCUCUUGUUUGAGUUCAAAAAAAGGUGAAUUAUUCUGAAAAAAAAUUCAAUGUAUUUUAUCAAAUUUAGAACGCGAAGAAAGGCUUUGAAGAUUAAAAUUACGUUGGAAGUUUUCAUUGUUAAAAGUAUUCUUGUACCUACUGAAUUUUAUUGUUCACGGAUGCGGUCGCUGAUACGUGAAAUAUAGAUCGUGUAUAACGAUGUAUAAACGUUUCACCGAUCACGAAGAAAAGUAAAGAUUCUUUAGGAAAAAAAAAAAAAUAAUAGAAAUCAUCAAAACAGGCAGGUACUGAAAUAUUACAUUAUAUAUCUUUACGUACGCGCGAAACAAACGUUAAAUUUUCAAAAUAAAGUGAACUUUUAAUUUGCAACAAAUAAUUAUGGUUUAAGUAUUUUAAAACCGACAUAAUUGUAUGUACAAUAACGCUCGGUUCCGUUUUGCACGAUAAUAUUUCGAAAGAAAUUUCAGUCGUAAAGCAAAAAUUUUAAAGGUAGUUUUUCGUGAAUAACGAAACGUAAUAUUUCCGCUGCUUUCAGUCCACUAACCGUUACCCGGAUCGCCAUAAUAAUAUAUACUACAUACUAUAAUAAUAAGAAUAUUGAAGUUCUGUACAAAUAUAUUGUGUAGGACGGAUUAAAUUUCGGUCGCGGCAUUACAUCUACGCGAACGAACACUGUAACGCGCAACUAUAUAUUGUGCUAAUAUUGCAUUUUCCAGAGUAGUUUUGUAUACGAAAAACCGUCCGAUGUAUUUGAUUCCGACGAAUUCUCGGCGAACGCGUAUUUCUCUCCGUGCGGUAGACUGUAAAAAAUACGCAGAGCAGAAUAACGCGAACGCGGUCGUGAGAAUGCGGGGAACGCCCGCGAAAAGCAGACGGUAUGGACGCGAUUGAAUGGCCAGGGCCAGGAUACAGUCGCGGGGUUCGCGUACGUGAUUCGGGAUCUUGGCGAAUAGUCGUAGAAAAGCCGAGAGGGAGACGAAAAAAAAAAUAGCUAUAGCGGCUGUUUAAUAGUGCAUAGUCAUGCGUAGGUAUUACUAUUAUGUUACACAAAGACGAAAAGCUUUUAUCGUGCGGCGGAAUUUCUGGACAGCGAAGUCUGCGGAAUCUCGAUCUGUAUUUAGCGCCGCGGACGUGUAAUCCGACGGUUGCACGUCAUCGAUAUCGGCGGGAAAAAAAAAAAAAAUUCGGGAAAUCGUUUGGUCGGAACUGUAUGUUCGGAAAAAUAUUUCCUUCGCGGAACGCGUAAUAAUCCGGAAAUUAAUCAUUGGUUUCUAAAAUGUAUUUUUCGCUCCGUCAAGUAGACGUUUUCAAAUCGCAUUCGCCCGCCUGUGACCUACCCUGAUUUUCCAAUACAAAUCGAUGGUUUGUUGUUUUUUUAAAAUUGAAAUUUUCACACGAGCUGGCACAAACAGGCGAGCGGUGGUGACCGAAGUCCCGCCAGACGAAGCAAUCGAUGGCGAUUUUAGCCUGAGAACCAUUGGUUUUCACCAUAUUUCCCUGUUUUCGCGUGCCAUUAUUUCAUCGAUUUGUACAGCUCCCCGGAAAGCCAAAGGGGAUAAACAAGACGUUACGACUGCAAGAGUAAUGCACGGUUAUUUUGUAUUUAUUUUUACUUUUUGUGUAUAAUAUGACACGAAAAGAAAGAAUAAAAAAAAAAAAACCGCAACAAUAGUCGUAGGUUUGACGUAAUAACCGGUCCACGGACGAUUUCCGAUUGUAAAUACUCGUGUUUUUUUUUUUUUUUCUACACAAAUACCUACCUAUAUAACAUUAUAUACCAACACUGUCGUGCAGUGACAAAUAAUAACAUGGGUAUUAUUUUAGGUACCUACAUAAUAAGUCGGGGGGGGACACGCGAAUUUUCCGAUUGAUUGCGGAUAAAACCGCGAUGGAGAUGGAACGCGGGAAAUACGGUUUGUCAUAAUAAUAUAUACGAGUACGGCACGUGACUCGUCGAGUUUUCAUCGAUUGUAAAACACACACACACACACACACACACACAUACACAAAGGUAGACAGUCAGACAUUUUCUCAUUCGUCCUUCUCGCGUACACUGGAUAAUAAUAAUGAUAAUUUGAUAAUAUAAUAUGAUAUGAUACGCAAAAUUAUUGAUAUUCAGAAUACGAUACACGAUAGUUAUUAUUUAUUUUUCUUCGCCGCGUAAUCUCCUCCCGUGCUCGGCAUUAGGCGUACGUUAUUAUAUCAUUGAUAGGAAAAUAUUUCGUUUUUAUCCGGGUGAAAGCGACUGAGCGAUUUUUCGAUGACGGGACGUUCGGAGUUCAGAAAUCGUCGGAAGUCUUCCGGAGGAGUAAUAGCUGUUUGGGAGCCGGGAUUUCAGAUGUUGCAUUUUCCGUUGUUUUCCAAAGCUUGACUGUGCGAUACUAUACGUGCGAUUUGAAUGAAAACCGGAUUUUUUUUUUUCCAUUUUUUUGAAUUUUUAAGUAAUUUUAUUAGUUUUUCAAAGCAUUUUAUGGAUUUUUAAAUUCGGAUUUUAAAUUUAUUUUUAAGAUUUGUGCGCAUAAACUAAAUUUAACGACUCGUAUUACAUCACAAUAUUGGACGACACGCAAAGUAUAACGUCGAAACACAGAUACCGAAUGAUUUGUUUGUUUCGUUACAAAUUGGUUUCGUGUAAUUUUCAAUGAUAAUAAGACAUUUUGUUUGGCAUUUUUUGAUAAAGUUUGAUUUUUAAGUGUUUUUUUUCAUGACAAUUUCGGAGUUAUACGAGAUUUACUAUAUUGCUACAUUAAUAACUAUAUAGGACGAAAUCUGUUCCCGUAUAUGUUGAUCUAUAUUUUCAAGUUUAAAUCUCUAGAAAUUGUAUAAAUUAAGCAGGGUUCCAGUGGAAAAAUAAUAAAUAUACGUGAGGGUUCGGUUACCUUUGGUAUUAAUGAAUGUGAAAAUAAUAUUGGUGGAUUGAGAAAAUGCUAUGAAAGUUGUGGGUUUUCGGUCGAAAUCCCGGAGUUUGAGCUACAGCCGUGUUAGUUUUUGAUUUCUUCCAGAUAACUAUACCUUUUUAAAUUUCGUUACAUUAACGGCAAUACCGGGAUCUACAUUUUCAUAAUUUUUCAACAAAAAACUCAAUACAUUUUGUAACUACACUAUGUAAUAGAUACAUUGCAUCACUAUUGUCAAAAUCGAAGGGAAAAUAUUGAUUUAAUCAACAAGUAUAAUAAUGAUAGAUAAAAUCAAGCGCAAGGAAAUUAAAAUGUAUAAUUUUGCUACUAAAACCGAUUUUCGAACAAUUUUUAGAUACGAGGUAUAUUGCCAUUAGUGUUACGAUUUUUUGUUAUACCCACGUUUAAAAUGCGUAAUAACGCUGCAGCCACCACGGUUUUAAUUGUAUUUCGAAGUCACGUAAUUUCGCGUCCUCUUAAUAAAAUCAAUUAAUAUUACACGUUAAAUAAUCGUUUAUUUUGGUUCGAGGGGAUUUCGUCCGUUUCCCGUGCGGCGUUGACGGCGGCGUACAGUUGCGCAACGCGCCGUGUGUAAUUGAAUAUCCGAAAAUCGAGCCGAGAACAACAGAGAAAAAAAAAAACAAAUUCUGGCGCGCGCCGAGUGCGGGCACAAAAAAUAAACAAAUUGUUCAGUGACGAUAACGCGUGACAAAAACACGUGCUCUACAGUCAAGCGUCGUGCCCGUCUAAAACGCUUGCUGUAUACACCGGUGGUAGGUAACUAUAUACACAGUGUCACCCAUUAUAAUAUCGCAUUACCCAUUAAAAAAUGCUAACGAAAAGCAUUCAAUUUUUAAAGCUUUCUCUGUUUUGGAAAUUCGAGAAACGAGUAGCUCUUAUUUUCGGGGGCGAAACAACCAUUAUUAUUAUUUUUAUAUUCAAAUGGAAACCUAUACUGUAAAUUCCAUAAAUAGAUUGGGAGUAUUAGUAGGUUUAAAAACAUUUUAGCGUUGAACGUUUCCAUCAAACGAAAAAUCAAAAUCAUGGGUUCGCCCUACCCCCCGAAAACAAGGACAACCAAAAAUGACGGUAAUGUAACGUUUUAUCGACCGAUCGUUUCUUUAAUUGUCAAAAAAAAAAAAAAAAUAAUAAAAAAUUGAAUACUUUCCGAGAUAUUGAAAUAGGUAUUAUAUUAUUAUGUUCGCGGGACGCCCCGGACAGUCGAGCGGGGUAUAGGCGGGAAUUAUGGGCACAUACCUACCUCACGUCCUCACCUACUAUCAAACACCGAUUAUCACGCGUCGUUUUGCCGUUAGCCUAUAUAAUAGCUAUAACAGUGCGUACACGACGGAAAUCGGAAUAUUGCGCAACGUGAGAAAAAAAAAUAAAUAAAAAACCCGUAAAAAACGUACGAGAAAAAAAAAAACGUACAGAAAUCGGAAGAAAAAAAAAAAACGGCGGCGGGCGAUGCGCGCCGUCGCCCGAACAAGACGCGUGUGUGUGCGUGCGCGAAUAUCAAUCAAAUGGGUGUCGACGACGAUCGAACUCAACGACGUCGCGCAAUGUGUGCCGCCGUUUCCACCCGACGACGACGACGACGACGUAAUAUUAUUAUUAUUAAAAUUUUUUAGGCAUUCGGUUUUUAAUUUCACGCGCGUUCUCAAUGGUUUUUGUUUUGUUUUUUUUUUUUUUUUCUCACAUACACACUGCCGCAACGGCGCAUUGUCGUCGUCGUCGUCGUCUCACGCGCUAUGCGUGCGACGCGACACGGUCCCCGCGAAAACAACACGAUUGUCUUCGCCCGCGCGACGACGGCGGUAUAAUAACAGUAUAAUAAUAAUAAUAAUAAUAAUAAUAACAACACGAAUAACGCGCGAUAAUAAUAUAAUAAUAUGUGAUAAUAAUAACACGAAUAAUGGUAUUAUUGUUAUUAUAAAACACGGUCCGACGGCGGCACCUAUACAUAAUGGGCGUGUAUAGAAACCGAGUGCAGUGCGCGCGUGUGGCGCGCGCGAGUGUGGCGCCGGUGGCGUAUUCGUCUAUUAUUAUUUCGCGCGCGUUACGCGAUGUUAUUGAUUUACAAAACAAAACGGCAAAAUGUCUCGGCCGCCUCCGUCGCCGUUACCGCCGCGUAACCGAGAUAGCCGCAGCUCCCGGGACGGUGUUUUUUUUUUUUUUUUUUUUUUUUGGCAGAUUUUCUUUAUGUCCGUUCCCCUGCAGUCGAACGCUCGCGACGCUCAUGCCGAUUUCGUACAUGGCCACACCCGAUUCGCCGCUCCGCUUUGUGCGCCGUCGGAUUUAAAUGCUCCCUAGAAAAAAAAAUAAAAAAUUUACCCGUGAGCAGCAUAAUAUGGUUUCGUCACGAAUAUAGUCGAAUUUCCCCCCCUCCCUCUCCCGCCUAUUUUAUAUUAUAGAAAUAUUCACUGAAAAACUAUAAUCAAUGCCAUACGAUAAUAAUUACACACAAACAUCCAAAAUAACGGUGAAAUUUGAGUAUACACAGCCUGUCCCACGAAUCCUGUCCCUUGAAUAUCUCCGAAGAUAAUGAAGAUGACAUCGGUUCUUAUACGGAUUAGUAGAAUUUAAAAUUCUGGUCGUUACCCAGAAACUAUUCAUCGGAUGUGUUAUUCAUUAAAAUUUUUAGAAAAAUAACCUUUACAGAAUGGCUGUCUUAAAAUUUUCCGAAAAUAAUAAAAUAAAAAGUUAUUUUUUAAAUUUUUUUAAUAAUAAAAAAAAUUAAUUCAAAUAUAAAAUAUAUUUGUAGUCCUCUCCCUAUGAGUAAUAUGAAAAAUGGAAUUUGGUUUUUUUUAUUAACACCGGAGAUAUUCAGGGGAUAUAUCUACCGUGGGACAGCCUGUGUAAAUGGUACGGGGGGGUUAAAAGUUUAAAUCCUCAAAAGUUACACGGUACUAAAUGCACUGAUACUAUAACUCGUUGCACAUACAAAAAUGAAUCACUUUCGCUUUAUUCAGAGUAUUCAUAGGUAAUCCUCCUCCAACAAAAAUUUGCUGCUGGUGAAAUUCAUAUUGAAACUCAACUUUUAUUACUUAAUUACGCUUACAAAACAAGUCUAAUUCCCGAGUUUAUGCUCAUAUUUAGAAAAGUUAAAUAAAAAUACAUUUUUUUGUUGAUAUUUAUUUAAACUAAAAUUUCAUCUAUUUAUGGAAUUUCGUGUAUACAAUUGUGUUUGAAAAUCAAAAAGCGUUGUGGGUACUUUCAAAAUUAAGGAAAACAAAAAAAUAGCGGUAUUGUAACAUUUUGGAAAGCCUUGUUUCUUAAAUUUUUAAAAAAAAAAUUCCGAAAAAAGUUAACACUUUCAAGUUUCUGAGACAAUGAGUCUUAUGGUUAUGUUAUUUCCCGCUUGUAAAUAACGGACACAAUAAAGUAUAUUAAUAGUCUCUAUUUUUGGGGAGAAAAUUUGUCAAAAAUGCGUAAGGCCGGGGCAACACUUUGUCAGUUUUUAAUCUAUUUGUUCUUUCGAAAAUAGAUCCGUUACCAUCGGAUUGUGAACGUUUUAUACAGGCCUAAUCGUCCGCGUUUCUGGGGUUUUAUCGGAUAUUUCGAUGACCUUGCAAUAAAUAUAGGAUUUUGUGUAAACUGAAAGUUUUUACGCACAUAAACUUAGUACUGAACGCGUCAGUAUGCCCCUAAAAAGUUGUCGAGUAUUUUCAUAUAAUAUAUAUUAAGACUUUGGACACGCUCACUGUUCGGAUAAAAUCAACAGUAAUUUUAAACCAACUCGACAUACUUCGCAGAUGUGAUGUUCAGAAGGUAUUGGAUAUAAGGUUAUGUAUUUUAUUUACUGAAAUCAUUGCAAUUAGAAAACGACUCUGAGUGUUGUUCGGUAAACUGUUUUGUUGUAGUAGUUCUGUUUUAUUUGUCUUAUUAUUUUGCAGCCAAAAUAACCCAGAAAUCAACAAAACUAAAACCAACAUGAUAUGUGUUAAUAUUUGUAAAUUAAAUACAUUAAAUGUCAAAUAUUUGUACAUUUUUGAAGAAAAACCGCUGGGAAUUCAAUAAAAAAAAACUUUAAAUUUUUUUUUAGGAUGAUAUUUGGCAUAAAUAGCCAUUAUAUCACGAUAAAUACUCUUUAAGAAGGACAACAUAGAGUUAUUUAACAUAACAUAUAAUAUUCACAUAUUAUCAGAACUUCAAAAAUUUAUAAAUUCAAAACUUAGUCAGUCCGCUUAAUUCUGACUUCACCAUCGUUCUUAAACCAGCAAUGUAUAUAUAUAAAAAAAAAAAAAAUUAUAAAAUUAGAUAUUAAAAUUCCCAUAUAAAAAAAAUACUACAUUAAACUCAAUUUUGUUUUACCACAAAGUGAAACUCUUAAUGAACCUCCUGUUAAAUUUUUAAAUAUUUCUGUUGAAGUCUAACAGUUUUACCACAGAGUAAAUAAUGCACAAAACUCUCAAAAUGAAAAUGUCUAUAAAUACCUCAAAAAUGGCUUAAAUUUUUUGAAAAUUUUACCAUAUAUAGAAAAGGCAAACAUAAAGUAAUGAGUUUUUGUCUAAACUUCAAGUCUUUACAAAUAUUUUCAACUGAAUUUUAACAAAUUUAACAAAAAUUGAAAAAUAAUAAAAACAUUAUUUUCGUAAAUUUUCUGUUUUUCUUACGUUUUAUCCUGGUUUUUCCCAGGUAUUACAAAAACCGCUUGAAAAAUCAAAAAAUGACCUCACAUAAGUACCAUUUGGACAACAUUCCCUUUCAUAAAUUAUGUCACGCGUAUAUAUCUUAACAAGAUUUCCGGUAGAAUUUUCGUCAAUAGGAUAAAAAAAAAAAAAUAGGCAUCUUAGUAAAACAAUACAUUCUUUGCUACAUCGAGAAUCUAAAACAUAAUGUGUUUAUUGACAUAAGUCUUAUAUUGCACAUCAUUGUACUGCAGUUUCUCAGGAUAGAUGACAAUUUCGUAGUUUCGCCCGUAGUGACGCCGGAGCAAACUGAUACGAUUGUAAUAUUGUUACGAUUCAGAUGACACGUAACAAUAAAAGAAAUAAUAUGGUGUAAAGUAAUUCAAAAUAUACAUCGAUGAUGUAGUUGAUUCUAUUCAGACGCCAUUUUAUUAUCUAACGUAUAAUGUGCUAAAAUGUAAACAAAAAUAACGUGGUGGAUAAACAAUAAAUUUACAAAUUAUAAAUACAAUUUGUAUGUGUCUGUUUUCGAUUUUCGGUGGAACGAGAAAUGUUUCGGUUAGAACUUUACCGUUAUUAUAUUUUAGCUUUAACAAUAAUAUUUCAUACACGAGAAAAAUUCAUUUUUUCUCCUUUUAAUUUUAAAUAGUUUUAUAAUUUAUUUUAAAUUAUAAAUACAAAAAAACCACAUAUCUUUAUUAUGAGACUCUCUUUUUUAUAAUGCUUGUCAUCUCAUAAUUUGCGAUUAUUAAUAAUAAAAGUUAAUUUGCGAUACAUUGUACAAACAGUAUAGAUUGUAAUUUUUUCAAAAUUCAAAAUAUUACUAUAUACUAUAAAACAAAUCCAAAAUGUUCCUAUGCUGUAAAUCGAUUCGUGUGAAAUAGUGGUAGAACAAAAUUAUGGAAAUUCAAUCCAAGCAUGAUAACCUUACCUAUAAUCUAAAUAUUCCAAUUCCGACGAUUUGAUGUUAUAAGAUAAGAAAAAAAAAAAUACAUAUUUGAUUAAAUACAGGGCUAUUUUAUUUGCCAAGGAUGUAACAUACGCAGUGUUAUUAUCCAAUACUAUCAUUGGCUGUUAUUUCCAUGGGGAAUAGUUUAAAAAUCAUAUUUAGAAUGGUAAAUACGAUUUUUUAUGACAUUGUUAAUGAGUUGAAUAUUUAGAGGAUUAUAAAACGCCGAAGAGACCGUCAUAGAAAUGUCAAAUCUUACAAAAUUUUAUAAUACAUACCUAUUUUUUAUAAAUAAAAUCGACUUUUUAUAAACUUUUUCACUUAUUUUACGAGAACGCAUUUUUGCUAAAUUGCCUCGCAAAAUAAUUCUCCAUAAAUAUGGAGAAUGUUACUUGUUACGGCCGUUUAAAACUGAAAAUCAUGCAGUUGAAACUUCUUUUAUAUAAGUGUAUAAUUAAUUUACUAAAAAAAAAAUUAUUAUUAAAUAUUAAAUAACGGAUAAAUGAAAGUUAAAAAAUAUAUAAUAUGUGUGUUGUUGUAUGCAAUAUAUGAUAGUACCUCUAUUCAUGUUUACAUAUUGAAAACUGUAACGUAGCCUGAGAACAUUGCAAUUACGUCGUCAUACGUAUAUAUUGUGCACAUUUUGACAGCUUACGAAACACAAUAAUUAUUUUGUGUUUGCAAAAAAACUAAAUUAAAUGUCAUAAUUUUGUAUUGUUUUCGGGGAAUAAUAAAAAGUAGAUAACAUCAAUAAGUACGUCACAUUAUUUACUCGAUAAAGAUUAAAAUGAAAUUUAAAUUGAAAAAUAUGAUUUUUAAAGCUAAGCACAAAAGAAAACGACUGGCCGCAAAUAAAUUUUUAAUAUAGUUAUACUUUUCGUCAUACUACACGUCAUGUACACAUUAAAUGAUUUUUGUAAUACUUACAUUGCGCGUAUAUUGCACAUAUUUUGUUUUUCGUUUUGGCGAUUCUAUUUUGUUUAUAAGCUAGUGGGAUUGGGAAACUUUUGGAACCGAAACCACGGAGAAAAAAAAAGAUAAGAUUAUGCCAACCCAAAACAAAACAUAACUUGGUUCAUACCUGAUAUUGCUCAAACGUAUCUAGAAGUAAUUAGACGGGUUAUACCCUCAGAAUACCUAUAACAGUUUUAGUUGGUAAAAAAAAAAAAACACCACCGCAGAUUUAGAUAAAGCAAAGAGGAAAAUAUAAAACCACACUGGGUAGAUCACAGGAUUCUAAUUUGGCGUAACGGAUCCUGUAUUUGUUAUUUUCAGUGAUCUAUGAAUUAAAUAACUAACUGUUCAGUGACGUCAAUCAAAACUUUUGUUUGAAAUUUAGAAUGGUACCAUAUUACAUAGUAUACUUUUAGCACUUAAAUAUAUUACUGAAAAUAAAAACCAUUCUUUUCUUUUUUUUUUUAUUUUUAUUUUUUUUUUUUGAUGAUCAAAUCGUUAUGUAGCUUUUAUCCUUAUCUAGAUAUUUAUUUUAGUAAUUAUCCCUUAUAAAGAUAAGAUCUUAGAUAUUAUAAUAUAUAUAUAUCGUUAUACAACGCUGAUUACUUCUCGUUUCGCACUACUGAAUAUUUUAAUUUAUUUACUAAAACUACAUUAUGUUACAACCUUACACGUCACAUAAUCACUUUAUUUUAUAACUCCCUAUUAAUACAUACACAACUAUUUACUUUUCUCCGCAAUAUCAAAAACUACACUAAACAUGUAACGAUAUAAUAUAAAACGUGCAUUUUUCUCAUUAAUAACUAUUACAUUUUACAUUCAAAACAGAGCGAUAAGAAGCCACCUAAACCUAUUGUUAUAUAAUUUGUUCUAUGAAAUCAUCUUUAGAUGUAGUAAAAAUGUUAAAGCGUUUCGUUCAGUGGAUUUUUUGGAUGAUACUUAAAUGAUAAUAUGUAAUAUUUGAACCAAUUUUGUUGCUCGCGAGUCCACUAAAAUUUACAUUUUCUAAAAUAGGAACUCCUUUAUUGACUCCAGAUUGUGUGAUUCCUAUUUGUUCAAUCAUUUUCCACGAUUACGAUUCUCUGGUUGAGUUUGAGGUAAUGGACACAUUGUAUAGGUACAUUUUAUAAAGACAAAUAUUUACUAUAGCUUCUUCGAAUCAUUCUUUUAGUAUUUUUAUUUCUUAAUAAGUUAUUAAUAGUCAAAAUUAAGUUAAAUUAAAACACGCGUUUUUGGAUAAAAAAUGAAAAUAUUUUAAAAAUCAUUCAAAGGAGUCCUAGUAAUUGUUCUUCUUUAUAAAAUGCAUACUAGGUACCUUUGCCUUAUCCUCAACCAGAGAGUCGCAAUUGUGGAAAAACAGAAUGUCUUUGUUGCUAUAUUAUAUAUGAAGCAGACAGAGAAAACAAAUAUUGUCACGAGGAUGUAAGGUUACAUAGAGUAUAUUAUGUACUUUGUAUCUACAUAUACGAGUAUAUAUAAAGAGAGAGAGAAGUUUUCCUAUUUAAAGUAAUAGAAAAGAAAUAAGUAACCUAUAUUUAUUCACGUAUAAUUAUAUUUGUACUAUUUUACUGUUAUACUGUUAAGUAUAUUUAUUUAAAAUCAGUUUGAAAUGUUUGAAAAAAAAUAUAACAUAUAAUAUUAAAAAAAAUGGUUUUGUUAAUGAAACUAAAAAUAUGUACUCAAAACAGUAAAUUUAUGUUCCAAUUUCCUAAAUAUUUCGCUCGUAUUAUAAUAAUUAUUAACAUCACAUUUUAAGUUUAAUUUAGAAAUUUAAAGAUUUUAAAAACGAUAGGGAUCUUAAUAUUUUUCAUACCUAGUAAUAAUUUAUGAAUAUUAUACUCUACUUGAUUAUUUAAUAUUCACGCAUGAGGAAUUUAUAGAGAUUAAAUCUUGAAACAUUACUUCCGCUGCAGAUAAAAAUAAAGAAAAGUAAAUAGCUGAUAAAUAACGCUGUAUUCAGUAUGAAAUUAUUUGUUUUACCAUAUUUGCGAAAUAGUAUUUGAUAAGUUAUCACCAAUUACUACGAGGUAUGGCUAUUAAAUAACGAGACUGGUUACGAAAAAGUGUUUUAUUAUAAAAGUUAUUCUACAUUCAAAUGCUCCCCUUCAAUAUACUUCCCUUCCCUCACCACACACCGUUUCAUUUGUUUCUUCCAUUGCUCGAGGCAGUGCUGGAAGUCUGUUUUCGUAAGACCAUUCAGGAGUUCCGCCGAUUUUUGUUUCACCUCUUCCAUCGACUUAAACCGGAUUCAUUUUAAGGCAGAUUUUAUCUUCGGACAAGUAAAAGUCGCAGGGUGCCAAGUCGGGUGAGUAAGACGCGUNUGUUUUUCCACAAUAUCGACCGUUUCUUACGAACUCAUUCGCGCAAUGUUGCCAAAACUGUCAAAUAGUAAUGUUGGUUCACAGUUUGACCCUCUGGAACCCAUUCAGUCAUCACGAUGCCGUUGAUAUCGAAGAAAACGGUUUUGAAUUUGGAUUACGACUGAAUUGGAUUCCGGUGCACUCUCGACCUUCAGAAAAUAAUUUAUGCCACUCAAAAACACGCGCCCGAGAUAGGAAAUCCUCACUAUAGGCCUCUUUUAACAACUUAUAGCACUCAGUUGGAGUUUUUUUUAGUUUAACGAGAAAAUUUUACGUUUAUCCGUUGCUCCUGUUUUUCGUUACACAUGGUUUUCGGCACGAGAAAAAAACACGUUCGUUUCAAACCACUACUGCACAAAUACUAUAAUUGUGACGAAAACGUGUUUUGGUACGUGCAUCGAUAAGAUAUCUAGAUACCCAACGCAUUACUCGUUUUUUUCACUAUCCAUCUAGGGCGUCCUCUUGGCAAUCAGUCUCGUUAUUUAAUAGCCACACCUCGUAUUCGUAACUUUUUUAACUCUAUUAAGUUCUCACUUGAUAGAAGUACACAUACUUUUACUGUAGGUACCCAUUUAAUUUGAUGAGAUUUAAGUAUUCAUUAAAAAUACAUUUUAUUUUGUUUAGUUAUAUGUUUAGUAUAUUUUAUUUAUUUUAACUUUUUUUCGAUUAAAUCAAUCGAUACGUUAUCUUAACAACAUAUGGAUUGAAAUUAUAAAAAAAAAAUCCACGUUUUUAUUAUAUUAUAGUAUAUUUUAUUCGCAUUUUGUUUAAGGUUGCCAAUUUUAUCCUGUCGACAAUCACUUCAGAUUCGUUAGGUUAUCGGAAACCACACAGGUCGGUUCUGAGGUGAUGCAAAUCGAGGUGCAUCCAAGGAGAAACCUCAGCUUGCAACCGACCGAGAACGUAAGUACUUAUUUAGUAUAUACAAAUAGUAGUCGAAAUUCAAACACUCAACAAUUUUCGUAUAUUAAAUGUAUUUUAAACAGCACGAUGACGUGGCGUUUUUUAAAUUCCGAACAAUCAAUCGGACGACCAUUUCGUUGAGGUUAGCUCGAUCACUGGACGAUUUAGUCGACCGGCCGAACCCUAUCGAACUUCUUAAAGUCAAAUUGGUCUGCGGAGUCGAAGACAUUUCGGUAAUUAUUCCUUUCACUUAGAAGUUGAGAUGUAUAUCUGUAUUACAGAUACAAAACUAAAAAUUGGUUUUACGCAGAUAUUAUUUUAUAUUGACAUUUUAACAUGUCAUUUAAUUUUCAGUUUAGCUCAUCGAUUGUUAUUACUGCGUAUAUUGACGAUGUGAACGAUAACAGUCCUUAUUUUAUCAACACGCCUUAUAACGCUGAAAUUUCUGAAUCAACGCCAGUCGGUAAGUAUAUAUUUUAUAACAAAAAAAUAAUUUUGAAUACAUCGAUUUCUAUUCCCACGAACCAUAAAAAGGGACUACUAUUAUACGAUCGAUAAAAGCGAUGGAUAACGACAAACCGUUUACGCCGAACUCUGACGUACGAUACUUGAUUGCCGCUUCGAAGUCACAAGCGAAAUUUUCAUUAGUAAUGGACCCUGAAGGUUUCGCGGCAAUAGUACUUAAAGAACCGCUUAACUUUGACAGUGGUGAUCGACAGUUCUUGUUGGAAGUCUACGCCAAAGACGAGGGCUCUCCAUCUAGAAACACUAGUACGGUAGUCGACGUGCGAGUGAAACGAGAUGAAUCCAGAGUGUUGAAAUUCUCUAGCGAGGUUUACCACAGUCAAUUCAAAGAACAUUUUCCAAUUACUGUAAAUUUAUAGAUAUAAUUAUAAACUGUUUACGAAACGUAAUUUUAUUUUUUAAAUAUGUAUUCUUAAUACACAUCAGGGUAAACGAAUUCUACAAGAAAUCCCAUUCAAUCCGCCGAUUCGUGCGUUUUACGAAAACGACGCGUUAAAUGCUUCCAUAAGAUAUUCGUUGGUAUCCGCAGAUCUCGGUGACGACGUAUUUCAUAUAGAUCAACUAUCCGGCAAAAUAUAUCUCAACAAAGAGAUCGACUCCGAUUCACUCCCGUCGAAUAUAUUUUUACUCAAAGUAAAUAUUAACAUAUGCUUUUACUUAUCUAGUGAAAUAAGUUAGGUAUAUUAAGAUGAAUGUAAAUAUGUAAUACCCAUAAAUUAAAUAUUUGAUAUAAUUUUGAUGAUAUGUUUUUAAAUUUAUUUGUUGUUAUAGAUUCAAGCUAUCGAUACGAAUAAUCCUUCUAAAAGAGCAUUGGCUGAAGUAGAAAUCGAAGCGAUCGAUAUAAACGAUAACCAACCGAAAUUCGAAGUCGAUUCUUACAAUGUCAGCGUGUAUGAAAAUAUUCCAAACGGCUAUAACGUGUUGAGAGUAGUCGCUACGGAUUUGGACCAAGGAGACAACGGCGAAUUCGUCUAUCAUUUAGUCGAUCCUAGUCAAGCUUUCACUAUUGACGGAAAGACCGGUUGGAUAACGGUACGGAAUCAUACAAAAUUGGACCGGGAACAAAAGUCGAGUUUUUCUCUGCGAGUUUACGCCAGGGAAAAAAUACCGUUCGUCAUACAGCAAAAGGAAACGGGGUAAGUAAAUACAAUGAAACAUAGUGGUUUUAACAUAAUUUGUUUAUAUUCAAAUGUGCCUUUCAGAGAUGCGUUUGUCAGCGUGGAAAUAACAUUACUCGAUGUUAACGAUAAUAGUCCGACAUUUGUGCCAAACAAUCAGUACAUGUUUAAAACAAGAGUUAACAGUCCAUCAGGAACUCCGAUUGGAAAGGUGUUUUUUAAUUUUUCUUUUCUUCUUGUUUUGUUAGAUUAGGUUGGAUAUGCUUAUAUAAAAUUCAUUUUCUGGAUUUCCCCAAUCUGUAUGGGAAGUUACAGAUCAUCAGGACUAUCUCUGAAACCACCGAUUCGAUUUAGGUAUUCUUUCUAUUGUAUUAAAUAGAAGAUUGCGGGAUGAAUAAAUAAUCGAGCUAUGGUGGGGUGGAUUUAGUAACAGAAAAAUAUGUAAAAUUAAAUUUUUAAUUUGAGUUUUCAUGGAAAACUUAAAUUUACCUGGAAAUACCGCCGGAUAAUGACUACUGUUUCUAAAAUUAAAAGACAAAAAUCCAAUACUUUUUUAUUUUGUAAAUGUUGACAUUUAUUUUACCUCCACAUUUAAACUUUAGGUUGAAGCUAUAGAUCCCGACGAAGGAGACAACGGACGAAUAGUGUAUAGGAUUUCGUAUUCACCGAAUAACGACUCGGAAGUUUUCGCUAUUAGUCCUAAAACUGGCGAAGUGUUCGCAAACGAAAUGCCAUUGUAUCCGGGCAAACAUACGAUAAUCGUGAACGCUUCGGACCUACCUGUGGACCCAAAAGAAAUGAAGUAUUCGUUAGCCGUCGUAACGAUUACAGUUGUUGCGGAAGGUAAUAGAAAUUUGAAUGAAUUAUUUAAUUUUACAAAUUAAUAAUAAUAAUAAAAAAACAUAUUUAUAUUUUAUAAUAAAUGACUUACAGAAAUCACUAAUCCGGAUUUCGUAAACGUUCCGUAUGAAUUUUGGGUUGGCAGUGACGUACCGGUCGGUACGAGCGUGGGCCAAGUCAGAAUAGUUUCAGAAAAUCCUAAUAUAGAUUAUGAUUUACUUCACACUUACCCCGAAGGAGGUAUACUAUUCAACUUGAAACUAUAAAAUGUACCUCUACAAAUUAAAUGAAUUUUUAAACUUUUCUAGUGCCAUUCGCCGUGGAAGAGAAAACCGGGACAAUAUCGGUUGUUGAGGUGAUUUCGAAUUUCGAUCGGACUGAUUAUGAAUUCGAAGCGGUCGCGACGGAUAAUCGAAAUUUGAUUAUUUCGACAAACGUAACCAUCCAUAUAGUUUAUUCGGAUUCCAGUCAAACUUUAACAAAGUACUUAACAUAUUGUUUAAUUUUUAAAGUAAAUUUCGUAUAAUAUUUAAUAUUAUUAUUAUUUAAAUUUUUAUAGAACUGUAGAUCCCAUAAGUGUAGUAUUUCGUGUUCGAGAGAAUCUACCGGGUGUUGCUAUCGGAAGGCUUUGGAAUAUGGAUUUCUCAAACUCUUCAACCAUGUCCAAGCCGAAUUUUAUAGUCGCUGAUCCGGACGACGGAGAAUUAUUUACCGUAUCCGACGAUGGCGUUUUAUACACGAAAUCUGGUUUGGAUAGGGAAACAAAAGAAAGUUUCAAGUUGACGGUCAUUGCGGAUCGAAAAACAAAAACUGGUAUCCACCACGCGACCAUAUUUCAAAUACGUAUUAUAGUCGAUGAUGAAAACGAUAAUGCACCCGAAUUUCAAAAAACCCAAUACGAAGGUUGGGUGUUGGAAGGUUGUUCUGCUGGUACACCGGUUAACUUAAAUUCACCAGUUAGAACGUUCGACCGAGACUUUGGAUCGAAUUCUGAUUUUUCGUUGACACUAAGAGGAGAAGGUGAAUAACGUUUUUUAAAGAUAAAUCUGUAGCUCACUAAUUAAUUUAUAAUUUUUAGUCUAAUUUGUAUAGCCAAUAAAACUCGAGAUAAAACUAGAUUAUAAUUUAAAUGGUUGUAACGUUUACACUUUUUAUUUCCGGCGAUCCGUUUGUAAAGCGAAUAAAUUAAAAAUAUUAGCAAUUAAGUAUGAAGGUACCUACGAUUCCGGUUUGCGAUUCCUUGCACACGCUAUAGUAAUUAAUUUGUAUUCAACAAACGCCAGUGUAAUUAAUUAAUUAAUAAGAACGCUGUCGAGCGUUCUUGUUAGUUAGUACCUGUGAUGUAUAUGUAUUUUUUUUUGUGUGUAACUUCUAUGACUCUAAACGGUAUACGUUACCUUACCAAAUUACUACAAUUUCUGGACGUCUUUUAUAAUGUUUUAAAUUAAAUAGUGUCUUCUGACUUAAACGGAUUAACACAAAAAUAAAAAUGCCAAUAUUGUAACAUGACGUAGCCUUAAUAUAAAUUUAUAAAUUUAAGAUUUUUUUUAAUUUUAUUGUUACAAGAAACAAUUUUAAAAUAUUAAAAACUCAUUUAAAAUUAAGCAGUAACUAAAAAAAAGUAAUUUUUUCAAUCAUCACCACUAUAUUAUAUAUUAUAUAUAUUAGGGCGGUUCUUAUUUGGUUGAUGGUAAAAUUUCUUUUUGGACGCCCUCUAACUUUGUUCUAAAAAACAAAAUAAAAAUUAUUACUCAAUAAUUAAUUAGUUAAAAAAAAAAAUUAAAUUAAAUUAUCAAAACAUUAAUAAUAAUUUAUAAUGAUUUCAGGUAGUGAAAAGUUUAUGAUUAACAAAGAAUCUGGAGAUGUUAUUGUUUUGAAGCCUACAAUAGAUCGAGAAGUUAUGGAUACGUAUUAUCUUAAAAUAAUAGCCACAGAUAGUGGAAAUUUAUCUUCCGAAGCUACUCUAACUAUACACGUCACUGAUAUAAACGAUAAUGUUCCAAUUUUUAAACGUAUAACGGUAUAUCCGAAAGAUAAACUUAGAGUUGCCGCCAGUUCUAAAUCGAACAUUUCAGUUACUUUGGGAGAUUAUUUGGUACCGCACAGAUUAGACAAUGGAAACACAUCGAUUGUCAUGUGGUUGCCCGAAACAAUACAACCGGGAACACCAAUAUUAGCGGUAAAUGCAGAAGAUGCAGACUCCGUGGGAUCAACAAUCACAUAUAAACUUGUGAAAAGCGGUAUGGAGUUUGCUAUCCAUCCGAUUUCGGGUCAGCUAUCGGUAGUGAGUCAGUUAAAAAUUGGCGAACAAGAGUUAAAUGUGACCGCGGAAGAUGAGGGUGGUCUAUCGACUUGGAUAUUAAUAGUUAUAUUUGUCGAAGAAGAUAUUUUAUUUGAAAAAAAGUGAGCUAAAUUAAUUUAAUUAUAAUAACAUUAAAUCGCCUACCGAAUAAUAAUUUUGUUUUUUGUUGUAGAUCGUAUGAGUUUUGGAUACCCGAAGGCUCAUACAAAAAUCACGAAAUCGGUUGUAUCAUCACAGAAGAAACUUCGGUUGUUUACUCAUUGUCUAAAAAAAGUUAUCGAAAUCCCUCGUUCACCAUGUCUGAUGCCGGGUGUUUAUUAGUGUCCGGUGAUUUAGACAGAGAAACCAGAGAGUCAUUUGAUCUUCGGUUAACUGGCAAAAGGAAAUCUGGCGGAACUCCGUCAACAGUGGAUAUUGUUGUAAAAUUGUCGGACGUAAAUGAUAAUGCACCGCAGUUCCGAAAUCAUCACAGAGUACGAAAAUUACAGGCCAAUGAGAUCGGACUGAAAGGGUUUGAAGGAGAACUCACUGUGCCUGUAUACGAAGCAACACUAGCUGAACCCGGAGCGAUAGGUACUAUGAUCACAAGAAUUGUUGCCGAAGACCCCGAUGGACCCGAAGAUGGAAAUUCUGAAGUAAAAUAUAGUCUUUUUGGAUCGGGCUUGGAGUUCUUUGAUAUAGACCAAACAACUGGAGUAGUCACAUCGAAAAUUCCACUGCAAGGGGGUAUUUAUAAUGUCACCAUAAUUGCAUCAGAUUCAGGAUUCUCGAGAAAAGACAACGCGGCGUUGUUAAUUGUCAGUGUAGCUGAAAAAAAUUCUGGAGUUGAAGAACCUCUGCUUGAACUCCGAUAUUUUGAAGUAGAAGUUGAAGAAAACUGUUUAGUUCCAUUAGAAAUACUCAAACUUAACGUAACAUCACGAUUUCGACGAUUCGCUUCAUCCGUUAGUUAUUCAAUAAUUCCUUCGGAAAACAGUGAAAGUUUUGAGUAAGCUUUGAAUAUUUUAAAAUUAAAAUGUUAUUUUACUGAAAAAUACAAUUUUUUUCGUAUAUAGGAUCGAUUCUAAAAAUGGUAAUGUUUAUCUUAUCGAAAGUCCUGAUAGAGAAGUAACUCCUACGCUUACGGUAAUGGUACGGGUUGAAGUAAUUGGAAGGAAAGGGAAAUCCACUUAUGUAGUACAUCCUAUUGCACACGAUAUAGGUAAUUAAUAUUACUGAAUUUUGAGUGGUACAUUCAGUUUUAAUAGUACUUUAUUUAUUUUUUAGCUUUAAACGAAGCUCGGAUCGUACUAAGAAUAAUAGAUCAAAAUGAUAACUCUCCUAAAUUUGUUAAUGAAAGUAUGCCAUUAGUUGCUGCAGUUUCUUCAUUAGCAAGUUACGGAACUCCUGUGGCAACAGUUCGAGUAAGUUUAUUUUAUACGGAAAUUUAUAAAAUUUGAAACAUAUACGGAUGUCUUAUGAUCUUAAUGAUCUACCUUACCAUAUUUUUUUUUUCUAGGCUAUAGAUCCAGAUCAGAAUAUUAAUUCAGAUCUAAGAUAUGCAAUGGUUGGUGAUCCGAUUGAAAAAAGAUACUUCAACGUUGACGAAUACACAGGUCUUAUACGUACAAUCGGAGGUUUUAAUCAGUUCAUGAACAAUACAGUUUUUGGUUUUGAUGUACGGGCCACCGAUAAAGCAGGUGCACCAGAUGGGAGAUCAGCAAUAACAAAUGUUUUCGUUAGUUUUGUAUUUAUACUAAAUUUUACAGCUACCCAAAUAAAUGUCGAAAAUAUAUUUAUUUUUUUAACAAUUAAGGUUUACAUUUUGGAUGAUCAAAAAAUUAUUACAUUAGCAUUGGGAAAACAGCCAUCGUUCAUUGAAAAGUAUACAGAUCUCGUGAUAAACUCAAUGACUAAUAUCACUGGAUGCAUGGUUAAAAUAUGGAGAAUAGAUUCGAAUAUAAAUAAUAUGUAAGAACUACGUAAAUUAUAUUUUUGUAAAUUUUAAUACAGUAGUAAACUAUUCUAUGAUUUUAAACUUAUUCAAAUAUUUUUUUGUAUUAAAAUAAUCAAUAGAGUAGAUAAAUUAAAAAUGUUAGCUUUUAUAAAACAGUUAUAUUUCGUGACGGAUAAAGUAUGAUUUUAAUUUAAUUUGUCUUAAAACCGUCAACAAAAUGUACUUAUUGCAUACCUACUAACAGUGCAUUUAUCUACACAAAUAAAAAAAACAUCAUUUUUUAGGACUGACGUUCAACUUUAUGCAGUCGACCCUAUUACGAAUGCAUUGGCGGAUAGCGAUUUACUUAUGAAGUUCGUAUACAAAUAUUAUGUUUUUUUUUUUUUUUACAAUUUCGCUCCAUUUUAAUUAAUAUUAAAUGUAUACAUUUAUUUUUUUUAUUCAAGUUUAAUGUUGGACAACCAAGAUGAAAUUAAUCAUGCCCUUAAACCGCUGCAGUUCAUCGGGUUUUCUCGAAUACCAAAAAGUCCUAACGACGUGAUCGUGGAAAAUUCGUUAAGUCUUUAUACGUCAUUUGAACUAUUAACGGUGUUAUUUGGAUUCGUUAUAUUCAUGGGUGCCAUCACCGGUGUCGCUUGCGUGUGUACAGGACGUAAAAGGUAUAUAUCAAUGAUACAUUGUAUCAUAUUAGUAAGUAGGUAUUACAUGCCUACAUAUGAACGUUUUAUUUCCCCUUUUGGCAGAGAGAAGAAAAAAACAAUCACUUCUUACGGUAAUUUCGGUUUUCACGAGCGUUCUCCGUUUACUCUGAGUAACGGAAGCCUAGCGAGACUGUCGACGUGCGAACCCAGAUCACUACAGAACCCCACGUCUUUCAUGGAAGGUUCACUGCUAUACGGCGGGGCUGUAACCAAUCCUAAACAUCUGAGGAGAGGUCUCCGGUGUAAUCAAGCUAGGUCUGUUAUACCCGUCGAACCACCCAUAACUCAUAUGCGACCUCAAUGCGGAGGAGGUAGGAGCGAACAAGACCAUUCGCAAAACGAUUGUUGUUCUUGUAGUAGUGCCACCGGAAGCACGGGCACAGCUAGUUUAACUGAGUCCAUUAUAAUGAAGUAAGUUUCACCGAGAUAUCAUGAAAUAUUUUAAUGAUCCUAACGAUAUCUGUGUUCAGCAGGUCUAGCGAAAAUUUCGAAGACUCGUUGCGUUCAAUUGACCGAUCCAACCAAAGUAUGAACUGUCAGAGGCAUCAUCGCUGUUGCGAUGAAGACGAUUUGAAUAAAACCCAAACGAAUAACGUUAAGGUCUGCAAAUGCCCAUUAUCAUUGUGAUUUAACCGCUCAUUAUUUUAAUAUUGUAACUGUAAAUAAUAUGUAUAAUCCAUACCUAUAAGUAAUUAUUUAAUUUGUUUUUAAUAAAAAAAUAUAUAAAACAAAAAAAUUAUCUAUUAAUUAUACAAAAAAAAAAAC